CCACCCAAUCAGCUCGCAUGCCUGGCCACCCGGAAGUAGAGACCCUCCUAGCGCCGCUGCCAUGGGAACCUGGUGAGGUGCGGGCACGGCGGGACGGAGGGAGCUCGGUGGGUGAACCAUGGACAGCACCCGGCAACAGCAGCAGGUCACCACCACAACUCACAGACUGCCCGGGCACCCGGAGAGCGACGGCGAUAACGGUAGGCACGGCACUCAGAGUCAGCCCACCCCCUAAAACAUCAAUAAUAAUAAUAACAUCAAUAAUAAUAAUAACAAUAACAUAAAUAAUAACAAUAUCAAUAAUAAUAACAAUAUAAAUAAUAAUAAUAUCAAUAAUAAUAAUUAUAAUAACAAUAAUAAUAACAUAAAUAAUAAUAAUAAUAUCAAUAAUAAUAUCAACAAUAAUAACAAUAAUAAUAAUAUCAAUAAUAAUAAUAAUGAAUACAGCCAUCACUGACAUAGGAUUUGGUGAAAUUAUAAUAUUUUAUUUAAAAAAAAAGUUGUGGACUACGUGUCCCAUGGUGCUCAGCCUUCCAAGGAAGGCAUUCCUCAAAAUAUGCAGUGCCAAAAAUAAUCCAAAACUGACAUAACUACUGGGGAAAUAAUGGGAAAUAAUAAUAAUAAAAAUGUACCUGUCCAGUCUGUCCAUCCAUUCUGUCUGUCUGUCUGUUAUAGACUUUUCUGCAUUUUAUCAUCGUAUCCUGAUACAGAAUGUUAGCAUGUCUGUACAGGUCCAUCAUGCCUUUCUAAUAGUUCAGACCUUUUUUUUUUCUAUUAUAGGCAAGUAUAUGAAUACUAAGUGAAUAUAUCAUUCUCAGGGUUGUUAUUGUAGUACUGUUAAAAGCACCCUAUGAAUGAAUCAUCUGACAAGGUUACUUACUAAAGUGAGAAUUCAAAGUGAAUUUUAAUCUUAAAGGAUCACUAUAGUUUUCCUGACACUAUAGUGCCCUGAGGGUGCCCCCUUCAGCAGCUUACCUUAUUCCGGCACUGGGGACCUUUGCUCCCACGCCAACGUCAGCUCCCCCGUCCAACGCCAGUGGAGCCGAAUGCGCACGCGCGCACGUUCAAAGUGUCCAUAGGAAAGCAUUUCUCAAUGCUUUCCUAUGGACGCUCUGCGCGAUGGAGGCAAAAUGUGCCUCCAGCAUCGCAGAUGCGCCUCUAGUGGCUGUCCAAAAGACAGCCACUAGAGGCUGGAUUAAUCCCAAAUGUAAACAUAGUUUCUCUGAAACUGCUAUGUUUGCAUCUGAAGGGUUAAAACCCAAGGGACCUGUCACCCAGACCACUUAAUUGAGCUGAAGUGGUCUGGGUGACUAUAGUGUCCCUUUAAGGUCAAAAGAGCUGAAUUGGAAAAAUUCUUUAAUGCCCAGUUUUACAUCGAGAGGUUUGUUUUAGGUCCCUAUUCCCCCGAGUCCAGUAAAACCUGCCAAAAAAUGUUUUCACUUGCUUUUACUCCAGCUUUGAAAUUCCCUUGGCGCUGCUGGCCGCUCUGCCUCCUGCAUCAUCUUCCAACUUUCGAGCCAAUAACCAAUCCAGUGGAAUUUUAACUUUCUUUUAACUGAGCAAUUGGAAUUGAUUUAGACAUUUUGUAAAUCAUUUGUUAUUGAUGUUUUAAGGAAUAAGUUGCAAUACAUGGCAAGUAGUCAAUCAAUAAAUAUUACAAGGUAUUAGAGGACACUAGAUAAGGCUAUCAAAAGGCACUUGCUUAUGUGAAAAGCAAGAUGUAGACAUUGUAUAUAAACACCGGCAGGCGUCAUAACCAGUUCAUCUUAUUGAAUUGGUUAUAGUGACUGGAGCCCUCUGCAGCUGUCUCUGCCAUUUUUUUAGCAGUUUAAAGCUGAAUGAGGAUCCCUGACCAACCACAGCCUAGCCCUCACUGAAUGUAUAAGGCAAAUUAUAUACUUCCUUCUAGCCAUACCAGUUCAUACCAGGAAUGGGCACUAAAGCAUCCGUGUGACACAUAAUGCGUCUUGACUUAGAAGUCUGCUAUGUGUAUACAUUUUGGAGAAAAAAAAUCUACAAAUUUUCAAGCCACAUAGCUGGGUAAACGAUUGCGAAAAUAGAACCGGGAUAUAUUUGGCAUGACAGUUCCUUAAGGUUAUUUUCUAUUUUGUGAACAUGUGCUCUUUGAUAUUAUCUACUUAUAGGCUGUGCCUGAAUAUAAUAGAAACCUAGAGUCCUUGCAAAAUGAAACAUUUUUGAAAUAUACUGCAUUUUACAGAUAAUAGCAUGUAAUAUAUACAGGCACUUGACAAUUUGCAAACAAAUGUAUAGUUAUUGAAAUAUUUCUGUUUUAAUUCGCACCUCUAUGUUGUUCAAACAAGCAUAUAUUUUCAAUCUUUUCAAUCAUUCUUUUGACUUUUCACAUAAAUCACUGCCAGCUGUUGGAGUAAAUGUAAAACAUCUCCUAAUGGGAUUAGCAGGAUCAGACCAUGAAAUCCAGUUUAGCAAAAAAAAUAUCUUGUAUUAAAGGGACACUGUAGUCACCCAGACCACUUCAGCUCAUUGAGGUGGUAUGGUUGCACAGUCCCAUCACCCUUAACUCUGAGCAUGUAAUUAUUGCAGUUUUUAUAAACUGCAACAUUUACCUGCUAGGGUUAACUCAUCCUCUAGUGGCUGUCUACCAUACAGCCACUAGAAGGACUUCCAGGCUCAAAUGCAACUUUUGGUCGCCUAAAUGACGCUGGAAGUCCAGCGUCUCCAGAAUCCCCAUAGGAAAGCAUUGAGUAAUGCUUUCCUAUGGGGAAAUCCUAAUGCCAGCGCAUUAGUAACUCCUUCUGCACCACAGGGGGUGGGCUUGACAGAGGGGAAAGCUAUAGUGCCAGGAAAAUUAGUUUGUUUUUCAGGCACUAUAGUUACCCUUUAAAGGGAUACUAUAGUCACCAGAACAACUACAGCUUAUUGUAUUUGUUCUGGGGAGUAUAAUCAUUCCCUUCAGGCUUUUUUGCAGCAAACACUGUCUUUUCAGAGAAAAUGUAGUAUUUACAGUACAGCCUAGGGAUAUCUCCACUGGCCACUCCUCAGAUGGCUGCUAGAGGUGCUUCCUGGGGCAGUGCUGCACACUGUGCAGUACCGCUAUUUAGUGUCUCCACCCUCUGCAUGGAGAGACUUAACUUUCCUCAUAUAGAUGCAUUAUUCAUUGUAUCUCUAUGAGGAGAUGCUGAUUGGCCAGGGCUGUAUUUGACCUGUGCUGGCUCUGCCCCUGAUCUGCCAGUCUCAACCAGUCCUAUCUGAAAGCAUUGUAAUUGCCUCAGAGAAUUACUUCUGAUGAUGUCAGCCAGGCAGACCAGGGGGCAGAGCCAGCAGCUGUUUUGGUUCACUUCUUGUCCAGAUGAGCCACCGGGUGUGACGGGGGUAGGGAAUUUUCACAGGGUACGGUGUGCUGAUAGAACACAGCUAAGGCCUUAUGAUUAUAUCAAACUAUUCUUAAACCAGGGCUUGACAAAUUUGUUUGGAAUAUAGGAGCCAGUCAUUUUCAAUGAGAGAGUGCAAUUCAGCAUGGUGUAGUUGUUCUGGUGUCUAUAGCCUGUUCCUGCAGGUGUUUCAGUGUAAACACUGCCUUUUCUGUGAAAAAGCAGUGUUUACAUUGCUGCUUACUAACACCUAUAGUGAUAGUCACCCAGAUGGCCAUUAGAGAGUCCUGGGUCACUGCUGCACCACGUGCAGCACUCAGGUUCAGGGUCUCCAAGCUCUGCAGAUUGAUUAAUGUAAUCUCUAGGAGGAGAUGCGGAUUGGUACAUUUGCUGCGCAUGCAUAAAAUCAUCCCAAAGCAUUGGCUUAACUGAGAUCAUAAAGAUUGAUCAUCUCAGUCAUGGUGAAACUGGCAUGGCGUGGGAAAAUUGGAACAAAGGUGAGUAAACACCUUCCUCAUGCGAUCGGAGGGGGAAGGUACCUAAACGCGCACACACACACUUACAGGCACACACACACACUCUGUCAGGCUCACAUGCACACAUUUUGACAGGCUCACACACACAAACUCUUGACAGAUUCUCACACACUCUUACGUUGACAACAGGCUUGCACGCACAAACUCUGACAGGCGCUCAUACACACUCUCUUGACAGGCUCUCACACACUCUUACGUUGACAACAGGCUUGCACGCACAAACUCUGACAGGCGCUCAUACACACUCUCUUGACAGGCUCUCACACUCGCGCACACACACACAGACACUCUGACAGGCUCGCUCACUCUGACACCACACACACACACAUACGGACAGGCUCACACACACAAACACUGUGACAGGCUCACACACACUCUUACGCUGACAACAGGCUUGCACGCACACACACUCUGACAGACUCGCAUACACAACUCUGACAGGCGCUCCCACACAAACUCUCUUGACAGGCUCUCGCUCACGCACAUACAUACAGACACUCUGACAGGCUCUCUCUCUCACACAAACACACACUCCGACAGGCUCUCUCACAAACACACACACUGGCUGCUCUCUUUUUGUGUGCGAAGGAGCAGUACUCUGUUUGCAGCUGCUCUCUGCUCCCUCGCGCUCUGUAUUAAUCCAUAUUGAAGGACCACUAUAGUGCCAGGAAAACAUACUCGUUUUCCUGGCACUAUAGUGCCCUGAGGGUGCCCCCACCCUCAGGGACCCCCUCCCGCCCGGCUCUGGAAGGGGGAAAGGGGUAAAAACUUACCUUUUUCCAGGGCUGGGCGGGGAGCUCUCCUCCUCUGAUCCUCCUACUCUCCUCCCCGUCGGCUGAAUGCGCACGCGCGGCAAGAGCUGCACGGGCAUUCAGCCGGUCGCAUAGGAAAGCAUUAUCAAUGCUUUCCUAUGGACGCGGGCGUGCUCUCACUGUGAAAAUCACAGUGAGAAGCACGCAAGCGCCUCUAGCGGCUGUCAAUGAGACAGCCGCUGGAGGGAAUGGGGGAAGGCUUUACCCAUUAAUAAACACAGCAGUUUCUCUGAAACUGCUAUGUUUAUAAAAGAAUGGGUUAACCCUAGCUGGACCAGGCACCCAGACCACUUCAUUAAGCUGAAGUGGUCUGGGUGCCUAGAGUGGUCCUUUAAUUCUCCUUGACCUCUCUGCUGCCUUUGACACCGUUGAUCAUGCUCUCCUCCUUCAAACUCUUUAAUCGCUCGGUCUCUGUGACUCUGUCCUCUCUUGGUUUUCCUCCUAUCUCUCCCAACGCUCAUUCAGUGUCUCCUUUUCCAAGUAUACCUCCUCCCCUCGUCCUGUCUCGGUUGGAGUUCACCAAGGCUCUGUCCUUGGUCCCCUUCUAUUUUCUCUUUAUACUGCCUCUCUUGGUAAACUUAUUGCCUCUUUUGGAUUCCACUACCACCUGUAUGCUGAUGACACUCAGAUAUACCUCUCCACCCCGGACCUCUCCCCUGCCGUCCUACAAUGUGUCACUGCUUGCCUCUCUUCCAUCUCUGACUGGAUGUCCUCACGCUUUCUGAAACUCAAUCUCUCUAAAACUGAACUCCUUGUCUUUCCUCCUUCUAAUACUGAUCCUCCUCUCUCACUCUCCCUUCAAGUCAGUGAUAUGCACAUAAGUCCAUCCCUGAAAGUCUUGGCGUCAUACUUGACUCUGGUCUCACCUUUUGAGUCUCACAUCCAGUUUGUUGCCAAGUCCUGUAGGUUCCAACUCAAAAACAUAGCCCGCAUUCGCCCCUUUCUUACACAAGAUGCUACCAAGGAGCUUGUCCAUGCUCUAGUAAUUUCCCGCAUGGAUUACUGUAACCCUCUCCUGAUUGGUCUCCCCAAAAGCCGUAUUGCCCCGCUACAGUCUGUAAUGAAUGCUGCAGCUAGACUGAUUUUCCUCUCUAGUCGGUCCUCUCACACCUCACCCCUCUGCCAGUCCUUACAUUGGCUCCCUGUAUGCUAUAGGAGUCAAUUCAAAGUGCUAACCCAUACAUUUAAAGCACUGAACAAUUCUAGCCCCACUUAUAUCUCUUCACUAAUCCAUAGAUAUGCCCCUCCUCGUACCCUCCGCUCUGCCCGUGACCACCUCCUGACCGCUGCUCGCACCCGUACGGCCAACUCGCGCUUGCAGGACCUCUCGCGGGCGGCUCCUUUCCUAUGGAAUAGCCUGCCUACUGCCAUCAGACUCUCCCCUAGUCUUCAAUCAUUUAAGAAGGGCCUUAAAACCCAUCUCUUCAGGAAAGCUUAUGGCCACCCAGAGUAAUCUCUGCCUUACAUACCUGUGUCUUGCUCUCUCCAAAGGACAGUGCUUUACUCUCUCCUCCAGCUCUGCUUCACUCCCACCCUAUUUGAUAUUUCCUGUCCUAACGUUUCUAAUACCCCACCUCCUAUAGUCUGUAAGCUCGUUUGAGCAGGGUCCUCUUCAACCUAUUGUUCCUGUAAGUUUUCUUGUAAUUAUCCUAUUUAUAGUUACAUCCCCCCCUCUCAUAAUAUUGUAAAGCAGUACGGAAUAUGUUGGCGCUAUAUAAAUGGCAAUAAUAAUAAUAAUAAUACUCAACUCUAGCUCUAUAUAUGUGCAGUAGGAUAGAUAUCUAUAUCUAUCCUACUGCACUUCUGUGGCACACCACUUUACCCAGCCUGGCCACUCAAUGAAGGACCUAAAAAUCAAAGUACUGAAAGGGAUUUUUAAAAAUACCCAAGAAAGAAAAACUUUUGAAGCCAGAAUGAUCAAAAUGUUUAACAGCAAGAAUAGAGGACUAAAUAUUGAUUUGGGUUUCCUGACCCACUACCAACAUUUUACAUGAACACUCCCCCAACUUUAUCUUACUGUUCUGUCAUAAGUAUCAACACUUUAAAAUGCAUUCCUAUAUGUUUAUUCUAUCAAUAUAAAAAGUACUAUGUACUAGUUUUUCUCUCUCCAACCACACUCUGUGAUCUUGACACAAGAUAUUUACGACCCUCUGCAAGAAUGGUGUCUAUUUUCUGUGUCUUAUCUGCUCUCCUGUCCUUUUCAUCCCUGUAUCACAACUCAACUUUGAAUUCUAUGUGAAGUCUUGCUCAGAAAUGCUUUAGACCUGAGAAAGGGAGAUUCUCACGAAAGCUUGUCAUUAAAAAAUUCUCUUAGUCCAAUAAAAAAAGUAUUACAAGAUACAAAUUUUAUGUGUGUUUUUACACAUAUAUAUACACACCGUUAAUACAAUGUUAAACAAAAAUCUGCUCACCAGUUAAACCAUAAGACUUGCUUUUCCCACAGAAAUCUAUAUAUACACACACACACAUAAAUUUAACACAUAACAGAUGAUAAAUAUAUUCAACCACCUGUUAUGUGUUAAAUUUAUGUGUGUGUGUGUAUUGUAUUUUUGGUAAUAUUGCAUCCUAUUAUAACAAUGCAAUGUUUUGUGAACUCAGGACAUACUUGAAAACGAGAAAAAUCUCAAUGUAUCCAUCCUGGUAAAAGAUUUUAUAAAUAACUGAUCAUGCUGCCUAGUGUCCCCAGGCAUGAGAUAUUGUUGUGUUGCUUAGGGUCCCUCAUUAAAUGGGGAAAACUUGCGCUAAAGUAGAGAAAAAGGUUAAAAUGACUAUGUUAUAGAUUUAAAAAACAAAACAGAAGGAUUCUUAUGUUAAAUACUGGCUGACAUCUUAAUCAGAAUCCAUGAGAAUCAGAUUUUACAAUUUACAGUCUGGGAGUACUGCGGUCCCCUUUUUUUUAAUUUUUUUUUUUAAGUAAACUAUAAGAUUAUUGUAGAGAUUGUUGGUAUUUUCUUUAAAAAUUCACAAAAAAUGUGGAAUCAAGAGAUUUGAUCUGUUGGUAUGUCACAUUACAUAGCAUUACAGUCAGAGACAUGAAGUAAAUCCAUUCUCAAACAAUGAGUGACUAACUUGGUCGAAUGACCACAGGUGAGCAUUGUGCUUUGUGUACAGGUUAUAAAAAUGCAUGCACAUCUCCUACAUUUUUUUUUUUUUUUAUAGAAAUGUUAAAUGCUUUCUUUCCCAGAGUUAGUCUUAAGCAAGCAUGUCAAACUCGCGGCCCUCGAUUUUUUUUUAAAUUUUUUUUAAAUUUAUUUUUUUUGUGGCCCAGCGAGCCGCGAGUUUGCCAUGCUUACUAAAGCAGAGUAUGCACCUGCUCGCCCCACAUUGCAGGUGCCUACUCUGCCAAAAUUACCCGGUAGGGGAAGAGAGGUCCCUGGCGGCAGCAAGGGAGCUCAGUCUUCCUGCUCCCUUGUGCGUGCCCUCUGCAGUGAUUCUGGGUGCCGGAAUAUGACGUAAUUCUGGCACCCGGCAUCACUAAACUGUGCGCGUGAGGGAGCAGGAAGGCUUAGCUCCAGAGAGAAGAUCAGGGAAAGACCCCACACCAGCUCCCAAAGGUAGGGAGCAAUAAAUAAAAUGUGAGUGUGUGCAAGAAUGUGUAAAUGUGUGUGUCUGUCAGUGUUGCAGUGGCCACGGCUGAAUAGUAGAGGACUUGGAGGUGCACAGAGGCACACAACGCCACGUCACAUUCUGAUGUGACGUCAAUGUGCUCCACCUUCACAGGUUUUCAAGGAGUAGCGGGAGGAUCUGUUUGGCACAGGAUGCGCCAAAAGUCCAGAGGCUGGACUUCGGACUCGCAUAUUGGCAGAGGCAAUGUCAGUGGAGUCUGCUUGUUGGUUAAUAUUGUUUUUUUUAACCCCUUAAGGACCAACUCUGUCUAAUCAAUGACAUUAAGACUCCCACUAUACUACCCCCUCUCCGGUGCACUCUGAGAUAAACAGGAGGGGUGCACAUGUGGAACUUGCAACAUUACUAGUUUGAAUGUAGCGGGUUCACGAGCAAUUUACUUUGUUAUUUUGAUACUCUACACAGUAUCAAAUACAGAAACUUGCGGUCUGAGAUAAAUACAGAACCUGCCCACAGAUGCUAUGUCCUUGACAGGAAUAGCACCAUACAGUGUGGUGGGGAUAUAUAGAUUUGAAAUCUUUAGCCUCUUAUCCUGUCAAUAGAAGUGAUCUCCAUUGAUAGCUGUAUUAGUUUGUAAUUUUAGCCACACGAUAUAUGUUUGCCAUUUUUUUUGAAGUACUAUACGUAGCCAUGUAAUUGGAAGCUGUGUAUUCCACAUAAUUAGGGCAUUUUUGUGGCUUUUCACAACUUAGUUUACCCAACUUUAAAAGGUAUACUACCACUUGUUUUCCACUAUAUACUUUUCUCACAUUUAGAAGUUUUCACUUAGUUAGUUUGUAUAUAUAUGUAUUUGGCUAAGUAAAGGUUUUACCAUACAUAUGAAUUUUUAAGAGAGAUCCCAUGGUGGAAUGAACAUCCACCCGCAUAUAGCAGAGGGAGUAACCACCCCACUUUAUCCUUUCUUCUUUUUCUGUAAACUUAAACGUUGUUCAUGUGGUCCGUGCUAGCCUUUGAGUUCGACAUGCUUGGUCUAAAGCUAAUGCUUACCUUGAGCAAACAGGCAGUAAUAGACCCGGUGUACUGGUUUUGAGGUCAUAUAAUAUUAGAGUAGCUUUUUUCAAAGCUAAUAUAAUUAUACAUUUGUAAUAAAAUAAUCCCUGUUCACUGGGUUUAGAAACUUUGCAAUGUUUAUUGAAAAAUAAAACCAUAAAAAAUACCCCCAAAAUGCUAGUCUUCCACCCUACUUAUUAAUUUGCCAUUGUUUUAAGUCUUUUGGUGUUACUGAUUCUAUAUUGAUUUAUUUAAAUCAGGAUCUGUAAUAAUAUAAUUUCAGUAAUGUUCAGCUUCUUUCAAUUGCUUCUAAAGGAUGUCCAACAGAAUAAUUAUAUACAUUUCCUCAGGGAUAGAUAAAUAUUCCUAGCGUUUAAAGGAAAACUAUUCAAACUUUAUCAUUUAAACUUUCCCAUAGGAAACGCAGAGGGCUUCUGUGUUUACUCGGUCAGUGCAGAAGAAGUGCCAUUAGGGGUGGAUGGCAUAAUCUCAAUACAGUACAACUCCUGAAAUAAUAGUAUUAGGAUAAAAGUAAUGUACAUUUGUUUUGGUAUGUUAAUACCCCUGUACACAUGCGCUUAUUAGCUAGCCUCCUAUUAUCCCUCAUGGCUAACAAUAGUAGUCUUAAAUUUCACCUUAUAAUUACAUGCCCAUACUGACUUUACAAAUUUCUAUUUCCUGACUAACUGAAAUGUUCUCUUCUCUAUGACCGGUCCUUAGCAGGCAUUAGGUUUCGUGUGCGUAAUCUACUAACAUGCCCUGUGUGCUCACUGCAAUAAUUGUGUUUCUCUUGCAAUUUUUGUGUAUCGUUGUUAAAAGUAAAAUGACCUUUUUAUUAAGAAUGAAAUACAUGAACAAUGACAUUGUCAUUUAAUUAUUUGAGAAUACGGAUGCGGACAAGACAGUUCUAUAGAAAACAAAAGUAUUGUCUCGAACUGAUGGACCCCAACUUUUGUGGACCAUGCUUCCUAUAAGGCUUACCCAGCCAAGAUGACUGAGAGUUCAGAACAGGAAUGUUAAGACUGGCCGCAAGAUUCUUGAGUAACUGUUGGAUAAACACACAUGCAGGGAGUCUGCAAUUGAAGGAAAUACUGCUAAAAUUAAAUCUGUUUCCUGGAGCAGCAUUAACAAGUUGGGGCAGAAUUCUUCUCAAACUAUGUUCUCUAAUUAUGCCCAAGAUGCAUUAAUGAUUUGUACCUCCAUGCUAUGAAUGGUAAAUUAUUAAACCUAAAGAUUACCGAAUUAUAAAUCUAAUGUGAAUCUUCAUUACUUCCUUGUGUAGAAAUCAAGUGUUGAGUUCACAUUUUAUGCUGGGCUGAUGUCAAGAUACAGAUAUCAAACUUUAUGGAAGCCUACAAGCUCCAAACUACUUUGCUGCAAUCUCUAUGCCAAUUCUACCUUGCUAAGUUGAUAGGAUAAGUAAACAAUUACAUUUUAGACUUUACACAUCGGUUACCCUGUCUUUUUUAAAAUACCUCUUAGCCUGAAAAAUAUUUUGCUUGCAAUUUGCCUAAAACCACCUUGGCAUGCAUUGACUGUCAGAUGCAUGCCUGAACAGGCAGACUGCCUGCUAUGCAGUCCACAUACUCCCAGGACUGUCAAUGCAAAGAGUAAUUUGAAGCACAGCAUAGACAGAAAAUCUUCAUUGCUUUAUGAACAGUGCCAUUGUGUUUAACCCCUUAAAGACCAAACUUCUGGAAUAAAAUGGAAUCAUGACAUGUUACACGUCAUGUGUCCUUAAGGGGUUAAUGGUGUUCUUGAUUUAUAUGUCUCUGCAUUGUCCUUGCAUUUCUAGCUACCUUUAUUUGUGAACCUUUAUACAAACAACAGAAACUGAAAAAAAUGGAAAGCUGAUAAUUCCCCCUGUAGGCCUAAAAGUAUAGUGGUGUGUGUGUGUGUGGGGAUGGGUUAUUUGUAAGUUACAGAUCCAUCUGUGUCAUGAAAUAAGCUGCAGUAAUUCUAAGGAAUUAGAAAAGCUACAUGGUAUUAUUUACUUUUGCUGUGUGGACACCUUUGUAAAUGUCAGAAACAUUCUAAAAGAAUUACACAAAGUAUAUUCAUUACCUUUUGCUAGCCUAGUCCCAGCUGAGCGAAGAUUUGAAUGUUAGUUAAAAAAAAUUGACCCCAGGAGUCAUUGAACUUAUGCCACAGGGUUGUUCUAUUGUAUUUCUAUUUAAUGUGCGUCUAUCAUGAGCUACCGCCACAUUAUAGACUAUAUAUAUAUUGAUCUACCUAUUGUGCUAGUCAAAUAGCCAGUUAAUGUAUUUUAUAUCUGCACAGCUUUAAAUUCUUCAAACAGUGCUAUUGGUGAUGGUUUGUGCAGCAAUACAUAGACAUGUUGAGAUGCAGUGUUCUGACACUAGUUGCGGAGCCUAUUCUGCUUGCAGGCGAUAUGCCAUGAGCAAGCCUACACGUUAGUCUAUUUCCCGUUUACUGUGCUGUGUGCCCAAUAGUGCUAUGAGGAAGAGAAACCUACAUUUAAACUUUAAAAUGUGAUUUAGUUGUAAAGAGAAAUGCCAUCAACUUAGAACAUAUUUUAUAUAUGAAGAUAUGUUAGGUUUAAACAGAAAAUUAAAAUCUAAAGACUGUACCCAAAACCUAGAAGACGCUUAGGCAAACAUGAUUAGUAAAGGGUACUACGGCACCAUGAUAAGGGACUUUCAACACUAAAUUAUAAAUAAACGUAUAAUAUAAAAAAAAUAAGAAUUUCACUAAAAACGGGUGUAGCAGAGUUUAUAACUUUUUAUUGUAUCUUUUUAUGAACUUAUGAAUAUACCUCUGAGUUUCAACUUUGCUAUCGUCAUUGUAAAAAUAAUUUUUUUGGGGUUUUUUUUUAGAUGUCUUUCUGCCAGAGGGGAGUGCGGCUCCUGCUAAUCAAUUUUUGCAUGAAUUGCCAAGCUACCAGUCCCUUCUAAGAAGGAAACCCUCUAACUAUGGGACAGUAGAAAGACGCAGAAGUACCCGACGACUGACAACUUCUCUGUCGCGUGAGCCAAGUCGUGUAGGCUCCAUCCAUGAAGAACCAAGCAUUCCCUUACGUGACUAUGCAUUAAGUAUCCAAGAUAAAAGAAAAAUAAGGUUUGGAGUCAGGCUGUCAUUAUUCUUUACUUGUGACUGAUACAAAACUAAUUUUAUGUGUAAGAGUGUUGCUUCAUUUGGAGGAAUAAGUUAAUGAGUAAUUAAACGGUUUCUUCAUUACUGUCUACAGUGAUUUGGGGGGCGAUUUUGAGUUUCCUGAGGGGACUUAAAGGAACAUUAUAGUCACCAAAACGUGUUUAGCCUAAUGAAGUCGUUUUGGUGUAUAGAUAAUGCCCCUGCAGUCUCACUGCACAAUUCACUGCCAUUUAGGCAUUAAGUUACUUUUGUUUCUGUUUAUGCAGCCCUAGCCACACCUCCCCUGGCUGUUACUGACACAACCUGCAUGGAAACAGAAUGGUUUUAUUUUCAAUCAGAUGUAACUUCCUUUGUUUUUAUCUCCUGCACUGUAAAUUUAACUUUUAUUACAUACAGGAAGCUCCAGCCUAUUCUAGCACACUUUUAACAGAGCAGGAGAUACAUUCUAAAUGAAACAAUGAAGUGUAGACAUUAGAUGACUCUUUACUGGAAGUGUUAAGUAAGGCAGUGACUAGGGACUCUGGGACCCCUCGUGACUUGGGGGGUUAUAGUUUGAGUGGAGAAAAAGUCCUCACCCUGCGUCAAUAGAUGGUUCCAAUUGGGAUAAUAAGUCCUACCCCCUUUAUUACUUUGGGACCUACCUGCCACCAAUGGGUGGGGGUUGUGGGGGGACAAUCGGUCCAAGACUACGUAUUAUGCCAUAGUGGGUGCUUGGGGGAACAAUAGAUCCACCCCCACUUUAUUAAUCAGGAUCCUCACCCGCCGGCAGUAUGGAAAUACUCAGAUUCCAAUACCAGACCUGACUAUAUGCUUACAAAACUCCCUGACCUUGUGCAAGUGUACCUAGAAGAAUUAAUGCUGUUUAAAAGGUAAAGGGUGGUCACACUAAAUAUUGUUUCAGUUUAGAUUUUACUUCUGUUCACUCAACUUUGCAUUUUGUUAACUGAUAAAAAAAAUUAAAUAUGAAUAGCAGUUUGACUUUUUAAAGUAUUCUUACUUUAGCAUUCCCUCCCUCUGGCCAUCCACAUUAUUAGCCUUUUCUAACACCUGCCUAAAACUUUUCCACAGUAGUGUAACUAUUUCAUGUUCCAUAGUUAAAUAGAACAAUGUAUAUGUCUUUCCUGUUGUACCUUUCAAAGUUGUCGUUUUUCAUUUGAUCUGUAACAAUACCAUACUUUAUUGUCCUUCUUUCUGUAGGCUUUAUGUGGGUUAACCGUAAUAUUAAUUAGCUCCUUUUUCUUUCCUCACAAGUCACUAAACAACAAAUUGUAGUUAAAUGAAAGCAAUGCAAAUUGAAUUCCAAUUUCGAAGCAAAAAUAACUAAGUUUGGAAAUAUUCUCCAAAUGAAUUAUAGUCACAGUUUGUUUUUUGUUUGUUUUUUUGCCUGAAUUUUUAAAUUUGGUUUCUCUUUCUCUACUUUUCGGUAUUUCAUGAAUAUACUCCCAUGUAUACCUUUGCUAAUGACCGAUCUUAAAGGGACCAUCAAACCAGCUUUUUAACUUACAUUCUAUAACAAUCUUUUGCUGAGAUAACAGCAUAUUUAAUUUGUGUUAAUCGUUGUCCAGGUUUGCAACAAAAAAAGGAAAAUUUAAUCUAUGCGGGUAAAACCUCCAAUUGUUAGUUACAUUUUCAGCUUUUAUAUCUAACAUGAAAUGGGCAGCUAAGUUUUAUGAGUUUUACCAAUGAAAGCUGUCACAGCUCUGCUGAGUUUAUCGGAAUAUUUUUGCAUUGGAAAACCCUAAAAUCUACCAUGGGUGUUAUUAGUGACUUUAUGUGAGUUGUAAUCAUGGGCAUUGCAUGUGCAUGUAAGUGAAAUCACAUGGGCUGUGCGACACACCUGUACUUUGUAUGUUGAUGUUUCCACAGUUUGUACUGUGAAAGGAGGAGCCAUGGAUAAACUGCAAGAGAGUUUAUUCAGAGCACUGGGCAUGUUAUAAUUGCAGAGGAGCAUAUUAAAAAAAAAAGCUCUACCUACCUUCAUUGUUUCCUAUACAGCUUUUUAAUCCUGAGUACUUGGUAUAUAAUCCUGUUCAGAUCUCCUUUUGACAGAUUGAUAUCCUGCAAGGGUUGAGCUAGACUAUUAACAUAUAGCCCCAGCCUCUAGUGAAUUAGGAGUGAUUUAAAGGUCAUCUUUCUCUGUUGACUUCUUAAUACUAUAAGCAGGUAAAUAGGAUUUUUGUCAUUUUCUAUAUUUACCUGUUUCUUCUGCUCUGUGUUUUCCAUGCCUAUCUUAGGGGGACACUGAUCCAGCCAUUCGGUUUCUUAUCCACAGGUUUCAUGUAAAAUAGAAUUACGCAUGCCAUUCAUGUAGGUCACAAACUCAUUCAUUGCCAUGUAAUUCUUUCAACUAAUGUGUUUGUGAGCUAUAUGUCACACACUGCUCAGUUAACUGUACUGUUGUAAGGUAAACAUAUUUAUGUCACGUGGUUCCCUUUUUUCAAUAGGACAAAUCUACCGUCGACGCUUUUGGUUUAUAAAAAAAUGUUACUCAGUCUAAACAUAUAAACUCUACUUCACUCCACCCCCCCCUUCCCCCAACAAACACACGCAGUCACCCUCUUACACUCACUUUAUCAUAGCACCCCCUAACAGAGUUUCACUCAUAAACACACAGUAACCCCUCGCACUCUCUCUAUAACAGCCUUCCCUCACAGAGUGUCACUCAUAAACACACAGUAACUCUUCACACUCACUCUAUCACAGCAUCCCCUCACAGAGUGUCACUCAUAAACACACAGUAACCCCUCACACACAUAACACAGAUACACAAUAGGAGACAUGCACACACAGGUCAGUACACAAUGCCAGACACACACUGAUUGUGUGUCCUUGUGUUUGUGUUCGUGUAUUAGAGUGUGUGAAUGUGUAUCAGAAUGUGUGUGUAUGCAUUGGUGUAUAUUCGAGAUGGAUUGAUAUCGUUUAUCCAGAGCUGAUGCCAAAACAGAUUAUUAGUUGUCUUUUGGGCCAAUUGCGGAUAACCAGUGCUAAUAUUCUGUACAUUUAAAAUUUUGAAAAAGCAACACAAUUUCUAGAUAGAACUGGCAUGAACUUAUAAAACUUAAUGAACUUAUAUUAAGUAUAUAAAUGUUUAUUAUAUACUUUUCAAACUUCUCUUGAUUUAUUUUAGUUUGCAUAUUUGUGUAAACCGUGUUUGCUUGCAGCCUUAAAAAAAUAAAAAUUGUCAAGUGAUGCAUGUCCUUUUUAACGGAUGAAAAGUAGGGCCAAACCUGAGGUGUUCUCCUACUUAUAUUUUUAGAAUUUGACCCCUGGCAGAUGUAAUUUGUCUAGGUAUUUCCUUGUUAUGCUGAGAAAGAAGCAAUAAGGAAGAGAGACUGCAAUAUAAAAAUUUUGCAUUCUUGGUUUCUGUUGAGAACAAAAAAAAACAUUUGCUCUGACUUGAACCACUCUAAUAUUGAAAUGGAGCUUUCAAUAAAUUAAUAAUAUAAUGCUUUGCAGAAAUCAUUAGAGUAUAUAAAAUCUUUUUGUGAUUCUAAUACUUCUUACCAACUUUAAAAGUAUUUCAAUAUCUUUUAGAACCCAGUUUCUCACACUGUUCCUUAUGGUUAUUUUGAGAAGUCCAGAUGGUACUCAAGGACCAGUUUAAAUUCAGAUUUUAUUGGUAUUUGAUAGGAAAUUGUUUAAUAAUUUGCCAAUAUUAGGUGCAAUUGGACAUAAUAAUAUGUUACUACUACUAUGUCCCUAAACAUAGAAACAUUGUCAGGGGGUUAAUCACUAAAGUGUACCUUAUUAGAAAUUCACAGUAAAUGUAAAUGAAAAAAUAGAAUUAGGAAUUUUGGCCUAACAUUUUAAAUUCACUUUGGAUUCUUGACAAUUCACUGCUAGUGAAUAACCCAGUAUUUUAGAACACAGUUAUAUUGCUGCUUUGUUUAUCCUUUGCAUAAAAAAGAUUCAAAACAUUUUUUAAAUAAUGGCCUCGAUUUUAAUAUUUUUCAAUAAGCUAAAGAAUUAUAUUUUUCAAAAUAUAUUAUUAUAUUUAAAAAAAAAUCCUAUAUAAAAAUAUCAACUAAUUAAGUAAUUCUAAAAGUUUAUUUAAAACUUUGAAAUAAUGGUAAUGAGUCUUAAGUUGGAAUGUUAAUUUUUUUUUUUUUUUUAAGAAUUUUCUGUACUUGAGAUUACCUCUUUAUUUAUAUAUUUCACAUAUAUAGGGAUAGUCAAACAUCACGCCCUCCAUACACCAGCGGAUGGAAUCAAUGGAGAGAGAGCAGUUGGAAUCAAGCAAGAAGAUACAAGGAUGACCUUUCAGCCUUAUUCUCCCAUUUAAAGCUGUGGCAAUGUAAUAUUAACAGCAUUGAGGGUAAAUAAAUUUUUAUUUUCUCUUUCUCUGGCAUUCAUCUGAACUCUCAAUCUUGCAUGUGUGUGUUGUUGAGAAUUAAAUCAGGUAGAAUAUUUAUUUAAUUUUUUUUUUUUUUUUGCUACACACUUUCUUCUGAAUUAUUUGAUUGUUGUCUUUUUCAUGUCUGUAAAAAAACUAAAACUAUAGCUUGAUCUCAUUUUGUAACAUUUAGUAUGCUGAAUUGUGCUAUUUUCAAAUGCAAUGCAAUGUACAUGAUUUUUAUUGAUAAGGCACAGGACACUAUACUCAAUGUAUCUUUUUUUUUUUUUUUUACCUUUUUUUUACCUUUUUAUCUUAAGAAUAGCUGCCAACACCUUAAAGCCACACUUUAGGGUAUUGGCCGCAUCAUUUAAAUAAAAAUAAAUAAAAAUAUAUAUAUAUAUUUUAACCCCUCCCGACUGCAUUACAUUUUAUUGUCCCUCUAGUCACUCCCAAAUGCCCCUUGCCCCCCAUUUUAAAAAUCUUUAUUUUGAGCCCAGACCUGGGCGACACCAUCUUUGUGUGGGCAGAUGAAGACCCUGCGGGCACGUCAUCUGCCCUCACUAGAUAGCACUGUGAAAUUCCCGCGAAUGCCCAGUUGAACAUUUGGGCAUUCUCUAUUGUCCCAUAUUCAGACAAGAAUUUCGGCUAUUCAUUUGUCAGAAAGACGUGUCUCCCUCCCUGUAGUAUGUGAAAAUGGAAACUAUGGGGAGCAGUGCUUUCAAUUCUGAUUUGGUAUUGGAGCUGAGAUGUGGCACUUGAUGGACCCCCGGUAUGAAAUGAAACCGUUCAAAACCAGUCUGACUACUUACAAUAAGAGGGCACCAGGGUAGUCCUGCACCAUAAGUACUACAGCGAGCUGUUGUGGUUAUGGUGCUUGGAGUAUUCCUUUAAGAGGUGAUAUUGAUGCAUAGUUAUGAAUUCAAAGUGAAUUUGAAAUUUAAGGUAAAAAUAACCAAAAAUUCAGCUAUGCUUUCCAUUCAGCUACUCUUGCCGUACACUUGAAAUACACAUUAAAUUAUCUUUGAAUUCUCACUUUAAUGAACAAUCCUGUUAGUGGGUUAAAACAAUUGUUGUAAACGUUUUUGGUUGACCUGUGUAUUGAGGGACUUUUUGAUUCCUGAAAGGAAGCAAACCUGCAGGUCAUGUAAUAGUGAGCUUUAAAGGUUAGGGGAUCCCCAGAGACUUCUAGUAAAAGUGAGAAGACAGAGCAGCUAAGGUACCAGGAUCGCUGUGUAAAACCCAGAGAAGAGCAUGAAGAUUGUUUAGGAGAGUAUUUUUAUAAUGCAGUACAGUUUUGUGUUUUCAUAACAUCACAUAGUGUUCCUUUAAUAAAUAGCAAUUAAUGUGGAACACCUAAAAUAAUUUCACAUAAGUUAAUAAUAAAAUAUUAACUGUCUGUCUUAGUCUUCUACCAAGAAAGGCUUCAGGGUUAUUCACUAUAAUGUGACUUUUUAGGAAUUCAAAAUAAAUUUAACAUUAUAGUUGACUUUUUUCCCAUUUCACCUUUUGUGCCCUGAAAUUUAAAAUUCACUCUGAAUUCCUGACAUUUCUGACUUGGAAUUAAAGUGAAUAACUGAUAACUCUUUAUGUAUAUUCUCAAAUUUUAAGUUAUUUUCUGAAAUAUAUAUCUUUCAUUCCAGGUAAAUUUGGCACGGGUAUUGGAUCAUACUUCUCCUUCCUCAGAUUUCUGGUACUACUGAAUCUUGUGAUCUUCAUUCUGAUGUUUAGUUUCACCACGUUGCCCGUUGCGAUUUCCAAACAAGGCAUUUUCAACAGCAGCCAAAUUAUUCCAGUCGGCACUGGUACGCAUGAAUGCAUGCUUUAAGGUUCAUACCCCAAAAAAUUUAAUUGAAAACUAUAUGCAAGCUUUUAAAAAAAUCGCAAGUUUGGAAAAAUACGUCUGACGUGUGCAGGAGAGAGAAGGCACUUUGUGCGCGCCUUCUCUCUCCUGCCUGUCAGCAGAGGAAAGGGAGCAGGCAAAGACCGCGAGCUGUCAGUCAGCUCAGCUCGCCACCGCGCACAUGCGCGGUAGUGCGCUCAGGACUUCAGAGGGCAGCAUGAAUGCCACCCUAUGAAGUAUGUGCGCAUGUGUGGCAAAGCCGCAUUUGCGCACAAAGGAGCAAUGACGCUUCCAAAUGGAAGCAUCUGAUUGCUCCCUGCUAGCACCCGCCUAUUUCGCCAUUUUGAAUGAAUGCCGCCCUAUGAAGUAUGUGCGCAUGUGUGGUGAAGCUGCGCAUGCGCACAAGGGAGCAAUGAGAGCAAAUGAGACUAUCUAAUUGAAAUAUCUGUGUUUAACUUGAUUAUUUCAGCAGAAACACCUCUAGAGGCAUGUUAACCCUGCAAUGUAAACAUUGCAUGUUAACCCUGCAAUGUAAACAAUGCUUUUAGUUGCAGGGUUAAAAUACAGGUGCAUGGCACCUCGACAACCUAAUUGAGAUGAAGUGGUCUGGGUGCCUAUAAUGUCCCUUUAAAAAUGGUUGAAUGUGUAAUGGAAGGACAGCCCCAGAGAACUCCAGACGCUAUAACCACUUCAAUGAGACAAAGCAGUUACAGUGUAUCUAUUUAAAAAUGCACAAGCUUGGUUAUUUAAUAUCAAAAUCAAAAAUAUUUUACUUUUUCAGAUGUCUCCUGCACAAUCUACUCACCUGCUGGUCAAGGGCUUCUGUAUUUCUAUAAAAACAUCAUAGAUCUGCUUUCUGGAACGGUACGUGUUAUACUACUAUACUUCACGUAAUAUUAUGAGACACACUAAUGUGAAUCCAUAUGAAUUAGACACUUGAAAUUAUCUUGUCAACCCAUAUGUUUACUCUACAAUGCUGCUAUAUGAGAUAACAGAAAAUAUCAAUAAUGUUAGCUUUGUAAAACUUAUAUGGUAGUCUAAGUUGUAGACCAUUUCUCUUCCUCGGAUCAUUUGGUAAUAAAAGUAAGAAGAUAUGGACCAGUAGAGGACUAUGCUAUGGUGAGGCGGGGUGGCUUUAGAGUGUAUUUUGUAACAUAACUCUAAUUAUAUUUUUAUGGAAAUAUUUUUAAUUUUUUUUAUUGGUUGUAUAGCACAACUGAUCACUGAAACUACAGUUUUUUAAUUUGUAUUUUUUCAUUUUCAGGGUUUCCUUGAACUCACAUAUCUAUUCUAUGGUUAUUAUACUGUAGAGUCUGUCACUGUGUAUAUCUUCAGCUACAGUUUGCCUCUUGCCUAUGUGCUUGUCACAAUUUCCUACCUGUUUUUGAGUGUUAUUUGGAUAGUUAAACGGUAAGUCAUUUUUUUUUUCCACCUGGUUUUCCAAACUAUGAAUAAUUGUGUAUCUGUCACCAGAUUUAUGUUUGUUGAAUUCUGUAUAAAAUAAAAAUCAAUAAUCAUGUCAACAAUAUUACCAUGUAUCCUUGCUUUAUUGAAUUUUGCUUUAAAGGACCACUAUAGUGCCAGGAAAACAUACUCAUUUUCCUGGCACUAUAGUGCCCUGUGGGUGCCCCCACCCUCAGAGUCCCAAUCCCGCCAUGCUCUAGGGGGCGGAAGGGGGUUAAACACUCAUCUUUCUCCAGCGCCGGGCUCCCUCAGCGCUGGGGACUCUCCUCCUCCUUCCGACGCCAUCGGCUGAAUGCGCAUGCGCGGCAAAAGCCACGCGUGCAUUCAGCCAGUCCAUAGGAAAGCAUUCUCAAUGCUUUCCUAUGGACUCUGAUGUCUUCUCUCUGUGAAAAUCACAGUGAGAAACGCGGAUGCGCUUCUAGCAGCUGUCAAUGAGACAGCCACUAGAGGAUGGAUUAACCCAAAUGUAAACAUAGCAGUUUCUCUGAAACUGCUAUGUUUACAGCAGGCAGGGUUAACUCUAGAUGGACCUGGCACCCAGACCACUUAAUUGAGCUGAAGUGGUCUGGGUGACUAUAGUGGUCCUUUAAUUAUCAUUAGAACAUCUGAGUCACCAUUUUCGAGCCUUCAGUUAUGGUACAGAUGUAAAAUAGCUGCUUUUAGCACAUGAUAUUGAGUGCUAAUUAGUAUCGGUCACUUUCACAGUGGAGCUUGUAGAGCUAGUUACUGUUUUGUGUGGCUCACUGGUUGCUUGUUUUGCUUAAAAAUUUUUUUUUUAAAAAUCAAGAAAGUUUUCUUGGUGUGCUUUAACCAGGGGUAGAACAUUAACACAUGCCACGAUAACUUGAUAACUAGCUUCAUGAUAUUCUGUGUUUGAAACGGUGGGAUUACUGGGCCAGGGGGUGGAGAAUCAAUGAACGUUGGGAGGUUGGAAUUUUUCUCAUUUGGACCUUCAACCAAAAUCUAGUUGUUCCACUGACUUUUUAAUCAUUUCACUAUGUUCUUCAUUAUAGGGCUGUAGAAGGCUUUAAACUGAGUCUUGUGAACAAUGAAGAUAGAUUUCAGAGCUAUUGCAAUAAAAUCUUUGCAGGCUGGGAUUUCUGCAUUGCCGAUGUGCAGUAUGCUCGAUUGAAACACAGCAGUUUGCACCAUGAGCUAAAGGUUAGUUUCUUGGUAGUUAUUUUGUAACAGAGAGUGGUACAGUACCGAUAUGCAAUUUCCAGCUGUGGCGUUAAAUAGAUCAAACUUGUUUUUCAUGUUACUUAAGUUACAGAAUGGAAGCUAGAACAAUGGUGUGUGAUUGUAAUCGUGAGUGAUUGUAACAGAGGUGAAAUAAGUAUCGGUGGUAAAUGAAGAUAGCAUCCCAUUGUUGCACAUUAAAAAAAAUUGCCAAGACUUAUUCUUUUCAGCAAGGUGCCCAUACAGGUUUCUUUUUGUAUUGGGUAAGACUAAAUAAAGUGCUUGUUCAGAGGUUAUAAGAGGUGGGAACAGCUGGGGAGAGGUAGGGUGGGAGCUUCCCUGAAAAUCUCUUAUGCCCAUGAAUGGAAAGAUAUAGGGUGCGUCUUGAUUCCAGUGAUAGCUAGUUUAGCUUUUUUAACAUGUCACAAUGGUAGGUCAAUAUAAUUACAUUGUAGCACAAAACAUCAGAAUGAGUUAUACAAUGUAGUACAUUUAUUAAGGUGGGUUUGCUGUUCAGGUGCAUACACUACAUUCCCAUAAUCAAUGACUGGCAUAAGCAUUUGUUGUACAAUCUUUUUCUUUACUGUGGGAUGUAGGCAGGAUUGGUUCUGUACAGGUUUUAAUGAGUGUUUUAUGUGGAGGCCAAAAGAUAGAUUGAAAUCUAGCAACAUACCCAAAUAUUUGAAAGAAUGGACUGUGGUCAGUGUCAGUGGCGGGCCGGGCCGCAACACAUGGCGGUGGGCACCUGGUCGCAGGGGUUACAGGGCUGCGACUGUGGUAUGUACGCCAGUGCAUGCAGAUGCACACACACUUAAAGGAGCACUACAGACACCCAGAUCACAUCAGCUCAAUGAAGUUGUCUGGGUGUCAGGUCCUCUAGUUUUAACUCUGCAGCUGAAAACAUAGCAGUUUCGGAGAAACUGCUAUGUUUCACUGAGGGUUAAUCCAGCCUCUAGUGGCUGUCUCACUGACAGCCGCUAGAGGAGCACACUGAACGUCCAUAGGAAAGCAUUGAGUAAUGCUUUCCUAUGGCCGGUUUGAAUGCGUGCGCGGUCGCAUUCGGAGCUGAGAGGCUGAGGGAUCCCCAGCGCCAAGGGAGUCCGGUGCUGGAGAAAGGUAAGUGCUGAGGACACACACACUCUCACUUACAGACGCAUACACACUAGCUAACAGACACACACAUUUACUGACAGAGACACACUCAGCGACAGACAUACACACUCACUUACAAAACAUACACUCUCAUUGACAAACACACACUCACUAAGACACACACAGUAACUCACUCUAACACUUACACUAACACUCACACUAACACGUGUUUUUUUUAAAAAUGUAAUCCCCCCAGCCUCAGUGGUGCUGCUGGGCUCCUGGGCGGGUGGCCGGUCGGGCAGGCGGGCGCGCAAGGGAGCACUCAGUGCUUCCUCUUCAGCUCCCUCGCGCGCCGCGUAGGGAUGCCGGCGCCGGAAGAUGACGUCAUCUUCCGGCUACGGUAUCAGUGCGGUGCUCGAGGGAGCUGAAGAGGAAGCACUGAGUGCUCCCUCGCGCGCCCGUCUGCCCGACCAGCCACCCGCCCGCCCGCCGGGGUCAGCAGGGCCAGCCUCGGGGGGCCCUGGGGUGGUCGGCUCCUGGGCCCCCAGGGGAAGAGGCUGGCCCUGUGGGUACACACCGGGUCGCAGGGGCGGCCGGGCCCCCUGGUGGGCCGGGCCCGGUCGCAGCCGUGACCCUGGUAUGUACGCCACUGGUCAGUGUGCUGUUUGAUUUUGUUCUGAUGCAUAGAUGUGAAUUUUGUAAUUUGUGUAAUUUAGGUACUGUUUCAAAGAUCACUGUGACAGUUUUGUCAGUGUUUAGGAAGAGAAUUUUUUUUUUUUUUUUUUUUGCGAUCCACCUUAACUCUGUGAACUGGUCUUGGAGCAUAGCCUCAAGCUGCGGUAGAUUUGGUUUGCUUGCAUAGAUUACUUUGUCAUCUGCGAAGAUGUGUACAUUUGAGGCUUUGCAGACAUUAGGCAGAUAACUUAUGAAUAAUGGGAAUAGUAGGAGGCAGAGUAUGUAGCCACAAGGAACACUAUACGUGACUGGGAGAUGGAGGGAGUCGCUGUCAGAAAUGGACACAUAUUGAGAUCGAUCCGAUAAAAUAAAAAUUAUAAUUUUGUUAUUUUUCUAAAUAUGUUAUAACCCACAUGUGACUGAUCUUCAUGAAGAUAGAUCCUAGGUAUUUAUGUAGAUCAGUGUAUAGAAAGAUUAGAUGAGUCAAUCAAAGGGACACUGUAGGCACCCACACCACUUCAGCUCAUUGUAAUGGUCUGGGUGCAAACUCCCAUUACCCUUAACCCUGAGCAUGUAAUUAUUGGAGUUUUUAUAAACUGCAAUAUUUACCUUCUAGUGUAAACUCCUCCUCUAGUGGCUGUCUACCAGACAGCCACUAUAGGGACUUCUGGGUGAGUAGGCGAUUUUUGGUCACCUAAACGAUGCUGGAAGACCACACUAUGCAUGAAACUUCCAGUGUCACCGGAAUCCCCACAGGAAAGCAAUGAAUAAGGGGACCGUUGCCGGGCAUAUGCAUUAGGUCUCGCCUGCCGUUAGACGUCAGCAAGGGAGGAGCGUGGGCAGAGCUGAGCCAGCGCCGAGCGAUAACGGAGCUGGACACAAGUAAGUGACCGAAAGGGUUAUUUUUGCACCACGGGCGGUGGGCUUGACAGAGGGGGAAGUAUAGUGCCAGGAAAACAAGUUUGUUUUCCUGACACUAUAGUUUCCCUUUAAGUGUUAUUUAUGAAAUGCAUUUGAAAUUGGGUGAUUUAUGAUUUUAUUUUUUAUUUUUCAAUUAGGGCACUUGAAGUUGUGCCUGAAAUGCAAACAGUUAAUUUACCAACCACACAUAUGAAUCAAAAUAAAAUAAAAUAUGGAAUAUAAGGGAAUCCACUUCUUCUCAUACAUCUUAUUUUAUUUCUGGAACCCAAUCUCUUGUUAUGAUAAUGCAAAAAAAUAUAACUUCCUGUUGUUUUAAAAAGGAAAUCUUACCUUUGCUCUACGCUUUCUUUGACCUUCCUUUUUAUUAAUUAUAAUACGACACGGAAAGGCUUUUCCCCUGGGUAUUUUCAGCCAUUGUCAUUGUAACUCAUACCUUAUUUCAUGCAAGCUAACACAGGUUACCAAGUGAUUUGUUGUUCUGUGCCUGUUGUAUAGCUGCAGGGAUGCGUGUUCACUCUAGUGACAGAGGAAUAAUGGAAACACAAAAAAAGAGUACUGGGCGCCUUAAAAUUGUGUUCUUUAUUUCAAUCACAUACCCUCGCAAACAUGUCCCUGUGCUUAUCCUGGACAUAUAAAACGAAUUGAAUUAUUCAUAAUAGCAGCAGACAUUUAGUGUGUUCAGUUGGCAGAGGGGCGUUUUCUGUGUGUGUGUGUGUGUGUGUGUGUGUGUGUAUAUAUAUAUAUAUAUAUAUAAACUAUACAAUUUCUGGCACUCUUCCCAAAUAAUAAUACAUACCAGGUGCUUCUCUGUGCAAAAUACUAUAAACAAAGCAAAAAAUGAGAGCACUCCAUGGAUUUGGUAAAUCAAAUUACUGUAUUCAAAUAGCACAAAAAAAAAAUCGACGUUUCGACCGUCUAGCGGUCUUUAUCAAGAUGCUGUCAUAUACAAAAACCUCAAAUAUAUACAUAAACGCUUGUUAAACUUACCCAAUCACCAAGUGCUCCCUGUGUGUCCAAUCUGCCAUAUGAGUGAAGCCGCAAAUUGUGAAUCGUUAUGUUAAUUGCCGUAAAGUGACGUGUGGUGAAAUCACCAUGUGUUGCCUAGAGACGGCACAGCUGUUUAAAAACCAAAUGUCGGCAGAGAUUUAAAAUCAAUACGGAGGAUAAAUAAAAUUAUAUGUUGCAUAUGUGUUUUCAUAAAUGUCUAAGCAACUGCCUAACUGAUCGUAGGAUACUAGAGUGAGCCAGGAAUGGCUAGAAACAAUUGCUCAUAUAGGGACUCAGUUAGAAAGACUGGUGUAUUGGUAACUGUAGACCUGUGUAGCCUAAUAGAGCUAACUCAAAUACUACCUAACUCCUUAUUAAAUUGGGAACCCUAGCUGGGAAAGCCAUGUGUGUUGCCAAAUCACAAACCUAAACAAUAAGAACAGGCAUCAAUUACAAAAAACAGGCUGGCUUAGCAUAAUGUGAGUUGUCAGUAUAUAACAGAGAGUGUGUGUGAUGUUGACCCUUUAUCUACUGGGGUCCAUUUAUAGUGUAGAGUGAUCAGCAUGUGUGUGAUGAAAUAAAUAAACACAGGGAAUAUUAAAUGGUGAGUGACAAAUCAGUAUGUGUGAAUUCCAAACUAGUAAAAAAUAAAGCAAGAAUGGGAAAAUCCUGUACUAAAUCAAUCUACGGUAUGUAUGUGAGACACUGUAGAAAAGAGUGUAUGUGUGCUACUAAGAUCAUUCUCCGGUGUGUGUGUGAAAUGAUGUAGUAAAAAAUGUGAGUAUACUGCCUGACCUCUAGAAAUGAGACAAUCAAUGAAAAGUGAAAAAGACUGUGCAGCUGAAACAUGCACUAAAAGUGUAAUGAGCCCUCGUGAAUAAUGAGAAUGCACUGUCAGAAAGGUAAGAUUGCAAUAAAAAAAUAUAAAUAAAUAAAUAAAAUGAAAUAAAAAAUAUAUACAAAAUACAAUAAAAUAAAAAUAAAUAUCAAAAUAAAUAAAAAAUAUAAUAAAAAUAAAAAUAACAAAAAAUAAAAAUAGUAAAAAUAAACAAUAAAGAGAAAAUAAACAAUAAAAAAUGUAACAGUGAUCCUACUAACUAUAUGCCAGUGCAGCCUCCAAGAUCGGCAUGCUAGGUAAUGGAAAAGAGAAAAAUUAGGUAAAAGGAGAGAGGGUCCUACUAUAAGAACCUUAUGUCACUGGGUAUUUAUCAAAAAGCCAAAAGUGCCUAGAUGUAUGUACUAUCCCCAAUCACCAAUUGGAAGUCCACAACCCUUUCUUGCAGCUCUGUAUUGUAACUCCCACCGGCAGGAAAUCAGAUGGAAAUAAUUCACAAUGUCCUCUUUAUUAUGGGAUGGUCAUUAAAUCCUGAGUCAAAAUCUCGCAUCCAAGUCAUUUACUGCUCAGCGAUAUCAACGGAUAUCCAAAAAACAACUAAAUGAGUUGUAUUCGUUUAAUCCUUUCGGUUGGACCGUAUCCAGAUGUGUGAUCCAAAAGGUUUCCCUUUGUAAAAGUAACUUUGAUCUGUCGCCUCCGUGGGAUGUGGUCUAUCAUAAUGAACUUAAGCGUGGGUAAAUGGUGUUGGAAAUCUAGGAAGUGUUUUGCCACAGGUUUAUCAGUCUUCCCAUCCCGGUACGCCGUCAUGAUUCCUGAUCUGUGACCACGAAUACGGUCCCUUACUGUAAGGUCUGUUUUACCCACAUAAUAUUUCCCACAUGGGCAUGAAAUGAGGUAUACUGAAUUGUGAGCAAUUUAAACUCCACCAUUAAAUUUACUUUGACGUACAGCCCAGAUAAAAUCCAAUUCUUGGAUGUGGAGAUAUUCCGGAAGGAUCGAAACAUUGGACAUCGAUUAUUUAGAAAACCCUCAGACCGCAACACGCUGCUACACGCCAACAGCGCUCAUCCCAAAGCCCUAAAGGAGUCUUUACCUAUUUCGCAAUACUUAAGAGUGUACAGGAAUAACUCGGAGGAAAGCACAUGUAAAACUCAACUAGAGGACAUGACCAGAUCCUUUGUGGAACGAGGAUACACAUAUAAAGUGCUCCAAGAAUGUCAAAUAAAAGCAGAAAAUAUAUACAGGGGCAUAUCUACUAAACAACUUCAAAAUCUGCCCAGAAUUACGAUCCCUUUAUCAUACCACACGGAGAACCAGAGAUUUUCCCACAGGAUUAAAGGGAGAUGGGACAUCUUAUCCAGCGACAGAACACUUAAUCCGUUUUUUUUUACAGAAACCAAGGGUCGCAUAUUCACGCAACAGAAACUUGAAGGACAUUUUAGUAAAAACAGAUAUACCGAGCCAAUAUAAUACACGAACAUUGCAUACCAAGAAAGGCUGUUUCAAGUGUUCAGGUUGCGUCACCUGUGGACACAUGCUGACAGGCUCUUCCUUUGCACAUCCCCACACAGGCAAAAGAAUCCAGAUCAAACAUCGACUAACCUGCAUGAGUGACCAUGCAGUAUACCUCAUUUCAUGCCCAUGUGGGAAAUAUUAUGUGGGUAAAACAGACCUUACAGUAAGGGACCGUAUUCGUGGUCACAGAUCAGGAAUCAUGACGGCGUACCGGGAUGGGAAGACUGAUAAACCUGUGGCAAAACACUUCCUAGAUUUCCAACACCAUUUACCCACGCUUAAGUUCAUUAUGAUAGACCACAUCCCACCGCUCACAAGAGGAGGACGACAGAUCAAAGUUACUUUUACAAAGGGAAACCUUUUGGAUCACACAUCUGGAUACGGUCCAACCGAAAGGAUUAAACGAAUACAACUCAUUUAGUUGUUUUUUGGAUAUCCGUUGAUAUCGCUGAGCAGUAAAUGACUUGGAUGCGAGAUUUUGACUCAGGAUUUAAUGACCAUCCCAUAAUAAAGAGGACAUUGUGAAUUAUUUCCAUCUGAUUUCCUGCCGGUGGGAGUUACAAUACAGAGCUGCAAGAAAGGGUUGUGGACUUCCAAUUGGUGAUUGGGGAUAGUACAUACAUCUAGGCACUUUUGGCUUUUUGAUAAAUACCCAGUGACAUAAGGUUCUUAUAGUAGGACCCUCUCUCCUUUUACCUAAUUUUUCUCUUUUCCAUUACCUAGCAUGCCGAUCUUGGAGGCUGCACUGGCAUAUAGUUAGUAGGAUCACUGUUACAUUUUUUAUUGUUUAUUUUCUCUUUAUUGUUUAUUUUUACUAUUUUUAUUUUUUGUUAUUUUUAUUUUUAUUAUAUUUUUUAUUUAUUUUGAUAUUUAUUUUUAUUUUAUUGUAUUUUGUAUAUAUUUUUUAUUUCAUUUUAUUUAUUUAUUUAUUUAUUUAUUUAUUUAUAUUUUUUUAUUGCAUUCUUACCUUUCUGACAGUGCAUUCUCAUUAUUCACGAGGGCUCAUUACACUUUUAGUGCAUGUUUCAGCUGCACAGUCUUUUUCACUUUUCAUUGAUUGUCUCAUUUCUAGAGGUCAGGCAGUAUACUCACAUUUUUUACUACAUCAUUUCACACACACACCGGAGAAUGAUCUUAGUAGCACACACACACUCUUUUCUACAGUGUCUCACAUACAUACCGUAGAUUGAUUUAGUACAGGAUUUUCCCAUUCUUGCUUUAUUUUUUACUAGUUUGGAAUUCACACAUACUGAUUUGUCACUCACCAUUUAAUAUUCCCUGUGUUUAUUUAUUUCAUCACACACAUGCUGAUCACUCUACACUAUAAAUGGACCCCAGUAGAUAAAGGGUCAACAUCACACACACUCUCUGUUAUAUACUGACAACUCACAUUAUGCUAAGCCAGCCUGUUUUUUGUAAUUGAUGCCUGUUCUUAUUGUUUAGGUUUGUGAUUUGGCAACACACAUGGCUUUCCCAGCUAGGGUUCCCAAUUUAAUAAGGAGUUAGGUAGUAUUUGAGUUAGCUCUAUUAGGCUACACAGGUCUACAGUUACCAAUACACCAGUCUUUCUAACUGAGUCCCUAUAUGAGCAAUGUUUCUAGCCAUUCCUGGCUCACUCUAGUAUCCUACGAUCAGUUAGGCAGUUGCUUAGACAUUUAUGAAAACACAUAUGCAACAUAUAAUUUUAUUUAUCCUCCGUAUUGAUUUUAAAUCUCUGCCGACAUUUGGUUUUUAAACAGCUGUGCCGUCUCUAGGCAACACAUGGUGAUUUCACCACACGUCACUUUACGGCAAUUAACAUAACGAUCCACAAUUUGCGGCUUCACUCAUAUGGCAGAUUGGACACACAGGGAGCACUUGGUGAUUGGGUAAGUUUAACAAGCGUUUAUGUAUAUAUUUGAGGUUUUUGUAUAUGACAGCAUCUUGAUAAAGACCGCUAGACGGUCGAAACGUCGAUUUUUUUUUGUGCUAUUUGAAUACAGUAAUUUGAUUUACCAAAUCCAUGGAGUGCUCUCAUUUUUUGCUUUGUUUAUAUAUAUAUAUAUAUAUAUAUAUAUAUAUAUAUAUAUAUAUAUAUAUAUAUAUAUAUAUAUAUAUAUACUUACUGUUUAGUAUAACCACUUGGUAUAAGCAUAUGUACAGGGAUAAAUUAUGAGUCUGUGUCUCAAAAUCUCCCAAAUUUCUUCAGCUAAUCAUUCAGAAAUGUACCCAAUAUAAUAAAAAAGUAAUACUGUAAUAUUUUUUAUAUGGUAUAUUUGCCCAAUUAAAAUAACUGCCAGUUACAUAAAAACCCGCAUUAGGCCUUCCCCUUAGGGAAGCUUUGAUUUUUCAAGAUGCUGGACAUCGUUAUACAAAACGUGAGGACAUCCAGCCUCAUUUCAUGGAGUCAAACUCUGUAAAACUGCAAUGUUUUUCAUUGCAGGGUUAAGGACACAUGGACCUCACCCAGACCACGUCAAUGAGAUCAAGUGGUCUUCGUGCUUGUAGUGUUACUUUAACAAAACUGUCCAAUUCCUUGCUAAGUUUUAGAAACACACAUACAAGGCAUAUAACAAUUUUCAUAUAAAAAUGCUAAGAAUCUUGCUACGCUACUGGUAUGGGACAGCUUUCUUACGUCACUGGUAUAGCAUAUCUGAUACCAAGCCGACGCACCAUUGACUGCUCUGCAAACAGUGUUCCCAUGGCUGUCGUUGGACACAUGGACCUCUAGGGGUAUCUCCCGGGUGAAAGAUUUUUAUAAUAAUGGAAAAAAGCUGUCCUUUCAGACCUUACAGCACAAAUGCAAAAUCUCAGAUCAGGAAACAUUUGCCUUCAUAAAAUGUAAGCGUAUACUUGCCACACACACUGGACCCAGAUAGACUCACCCCACUUCUUCUGGUGGAUAGAUGCCGGUCGGCGCCUCUGAAACCAAAAACCCUUUCCUUGAGCUAUAGGUAUGGCUGGAACAUAGGCCGGCUUACAAAGCGCAGUGGGAGGAGGAGUGUAAAUACUCCCUAUCGGAACAUGACUGGCUCCACUCACUAACUACCCUUUCUAAAUGGACAACUUGCUACUCACAUACAGAGGCACAUAAGAAACUAGUCUUUAAGUUGUAUCUAAUCCCACAAAGACUCCAUAAAAUAUAUCCCAAUGUUUCUCCCUGGUGUUGGAGAUGUGGUACGGAGACAGGCACGAUGUAACCCAUUUGGUGGACCUGUGUGGGAAUCCAACCGACUUCCCUCUAGAGCCCAAAACAUAUCUGUUCCUGCUAUUUCAUAAGCGCUUCCAUCAAUAUUAUCAAUUAUUGGCCAUAAUGAUACUAGAUGCACGCAACCUAAUAGCAACCCAAUGGAAAACCACAGGAUGUCCAACACUAUCCCAAUUGAAAGAUAAAAUACAACCGUAUUACCACUAUGAAAAGGCAUGGCUGCCUACAGUGACAGACUGCCACCCAGUGACAGACCUUCCUACCACAACACAAACCAACACGGCAUUGACUGCAGAUCUCCCCACCUAACCCAUUACUUACUGAGCAGGUAUGGACGUAAUGAGGCCUAAGUUUGUUUCCCUGUUAGCUAUAGUUAAUACAGCAGGAGCGCUUUUGGCUUUUAGUUACAGGUGUUGGUUGUAUGAACUGAUAUGCAUGUAUUGUACACUCGCAAACUACGUAUUGAAUUGUAUACAUACAAAACAACGCUGUUUUGCAUAAUUACAGUUUUGUCUGUAGCCUGUUUUAUUUUAAAAUUAUACUGCAUUAUUUUCACUUUCUAAUUUUAUAUGGUGUACCUGGAUGUUUUCCCCCUAAACAUUGUUAGUUAGCAACCGUACAAUUAAAGAUUGAAUGGUGAAAAUAUUUUUACGUUCACAGACGGACUUGGCAGAGGAAAGGAUACGCCAAAGGAAAGAUAAAAGAACAAGAGGAGAAACCAUUCGUAUCUGUUCCUUACGGCUGUUUUUAAAUAUAAUUGUUAUUGCAGUUUUGGGGGGCUGCUUUUAUGCAGUUUACGUGGCCACCACCUAUUCACAAGAGCGUAGUAACAGUGUGAGUAUUACAUCAGAUAAAUCUGUUGGGUUAGUUUGUUGUGGUCAGUCUUGAUGGCGAAUUAUAUUAUUUUAACUGCUCACUGUCAUAGAAUACUCUUGCUUCUGUACAUUAAAGGGUCACUCUAAGCACCAUAAUAACUGUGCAUCAUUGCAAAGCUUAUGAUGCAUAGAAAUGCCCGGUCACUGUACACAGUGGCCCAAAGCUGCAGAGAUUUGUAAGACAGCCAGUGCCUUGGCCACAUGCAUGCUCAGUUGGCAACUAGAGAGAUUACAGCACUCCUCUCAAUUCACAAAACUAUGAAGCAAGCUGUCUACCAACAAAUAACAGCUACAGUAUGGCUGCUAUCAGGUUAGUCAGCAGUUCAAAUCAUUUUGUGCGAUCAGUAAACGUUUGGGUGAAACAUUGAUGGACCAAGGUGUAUGGGGCAAGGAAAACACUCAUACACCAAAAUGUUACGCUCCUCGGUACCUCUUAUGGGUGUGGAAGUUUCUACAAUUACAGCACCACUGGCCUAUAAAAGUGCUGUAAUUUUAGAAACUUUUAGGUGGGAAAUUUCUCUUUUUAUUAUAUUAAGGUUUUUAUCAGAAUGUCUUAAUGCAUAUUUUGUCAAAUACAUAAAAUAAAUUCCUGCAUGUUGCAUUACUUUAAUCUAGCCAUUUAAGUAAUAGAUAUAUCUAUAUUCAUGAAUGCUAGACACAACUCUCUAAGAGAGCCUGGCUCCCAUAAUUAAUGAGACUUACCAGACACAUGCUUGUACUGCCAGAGGAAAUCUUGCAGACAGGGAUAGUGCAGUUCCUUGCAUCAUAACCUAUGCAUAGGUUGUAAUGGAACUUGGAGUGCCCCUUUAAUUCCUAUACAGGCCAUGAGGCACUUGCUACCCAUAUAUGUUAUCAAGAAGUAAAAUAUGGAACUGAUGAUAUAUUUUUAGGUGGGACCACAACAAACAAAUGCCAUCAACCUGCUCGUAGAAUACCUUCCAUCUAUCGUAAUCACCAUUGCAAACUUUGUAACGCCAGUUAUCUUUGAAUCAAUCGUGCGUUAUGAAGACUACUCGCCAGCCUUUGAAAUCAGGUUUACUUUAAUAAGGUAAUUAAACUACUUUUAAUCUAUUUGUUUAUUACACACCAUUAAAAGUUAAUUGACUAAUUUACCAGAUGAACAUUCAAUACACCCACAAGGUCUUAGAUUCCAUACCUGUCAGGUAAAGUAAUAAGGAUGUACAGGAGAGGUUUUAACUGUAUACAAGCUGAUUAGUGGAUUCUAAUGCUUUUAGAAUAUACUGCUUUUAAAACUUGGGCAGAUGGGGCAUUAUUAUUUAAAAGUCGAGUAAGGGAUGUGGCAUCAUUAGUUGUGAGUUUUUUUGUAGGAGAGUGAUAUUGGAGGAAUGGUGGAGGAACAAUGGCGUGUGUAGAGCAUCAUGUUUUUUUGUUGUGUUUUUUUUUUUUUUUAAUCCAUCCAUCUAUUCUGACCCAACUUUCUGUUCCAUUGUUGAAUCACAUAACCUAGCAAAACAUUUUUCUUACUUUUGCUUAAUAAACUCAUUAAUUAUUUAUUUGAAACCUGUGUGACAAGUCAAUAGUCAGAAACCACCAACAACCCGUAAGACACUUAAAGUAAGCUCAUUAUUACCUAAAAUUACCUUACACAUUUUUGAUGGGUCAUGAGUUUUGAUUCUACUUGUUAUAUUUUAAAACACAAGAUUUAAAUGCCAAUUUACAACUUGUUUGCUUUGCACAAAUGUCUGUGUGAGGGAUUGUGUAAAGUGGUCAGUACUUGGCAGGUAACAGGAAAACAUUGCACAGUUUUCAAUGGAAAUCUUUUUAUACAAGUAUACAGGGAGUGCAGAAUUAUUAGGCAAAUGAGUAUUUUGACCACAUCAUCCUCUUUAUGCAUGUUGUCUUACUCCAAGCUGUAUAGGCUCGAAAGCCUACUACCAAUUAAGCAUAUUAGGUGAUGUGCAUCUCUGUAAUGAGAAGGGGUGUGGUCUAAUGACAUCAACACCCUAUAUCAGGUGUGCAUAAUUAUUAGGCAACUUCCUUUCCUUUGGCAAAAUGGGUCAAAAGAAGGACUUGACAGGCUCAGAAAAGUCAAAAAUAGUGAGAUAUCUUGCAGAGGGAUGCAGCACUCUUAAAAUUGCAAAGCUUCUGAAGCGUGAUCAUCGAACAAUCAAGCGUUUCAUUCAAAAUAGUCAACAGGGUCGCAAGAAGCGUGUGGAAAAACCAAGGCGCAAAAUAACUGCCCAUGAACUGAGAAAAGUCAAGCGUGCAGCUGCCACGAUGCCACUUGCCACCAGUUUGGCCAUAUUUCAGAGCUGCAACAUCACUGGAGUGCCCAAAAGCACAAGGUGUGCAAUACACAGAGACAUGGCCAAGGUAAGAAAGGCUGAAAGACGACCACCACUGAACAAGACACACAAGCUGAAACGUCAAGACUGGGCCAAGAAAUAUCUCAAGACUGAUUUUUCUAAGGUUUUAUGGACUGAUGAAAUGAGAGUGAGUCUUGAUGGGCCAGAUGGAUGGGCCCGUGGCUGGAUUGGUAAAGGGCAGAGAGCUCUAGUCCGACUCAGACGCCAGCAAGGUGGAGGUGGAGUACUGGUUUGGGCUGGUAUCAUCAAAGAUGAGCUUGUGGGGCCUUUUCGGGUUGAGGAUGGAGUCAAGCUCAACUCCCAGUCCUACUGCCAGUUCCUGGAAGACACCUUCUUCAAGCAGUGGUACAGGAAGAAGUCUGCAUCCUUCAAGAAAAACAUGAUUUUCAUGCAGGACAAUGCUCCAUCACACGCGUCCAAGUACUCCACAGCAUGGCUGGCAAGAAAGGGUAUAAAAGAAGAAAAUCUAAUGACAUGGCCUCCUUGUUCACCUGAUCUGAACCCCAUUGAGAACCUGUGGUCCAUCAUCAAAUGUGAGAUUUACAAGGAGGGAAAACAGUACACCUCUCUGAACAGUGUCUGGGAGGCUGUGGUUGCUGCUGCACGCAAUGUUGAUGGUGAACAGAUCAAAACACUGACAGAAUCCAUGGAUGGCAGGCUUUUGAGUGUCCUUGCAAAGAAAGGUGGCUAUAUUGGUCACUGAUUUGUUUUUGUUUUGUUUUUGAAUGUCAGAAAUGUAUAUUUGUGAAUGUUGAAAUGUUAUAUUGGUUUCACUGGUAAUAAUAAAUAAUUGAAAUGGGUAUAUAUAUAUAUUUUUUUUUUUAAGUUGCCUAAUAAUUAUGCACAGUAAUAGUCACCUGCACACACAGAUAUCCCCCUAACAUAGCUAUAACUAAAAACAAACUAAAAACUACUUCCAAAAAUAUUCAGCUUUGAUAUUAAUGAGUUUUUUGGGUUCAUUGAGAACAUGGUUGUUGUUCAAUAAUAAAAUUAAUCCUCAAAAAUACAACUUGCCUAAUAAUUCUGCACUCCCUGUAUCUUUGUUAAAUAUGUAGUUUAUAAGAAAAGCUAUGAAAUGUCAGUUUACAAAGGGUGUGGAGUAUGACUUUUGUAUUUGGAAAUUGCUUUCAUGGUAUCAGAUCCCUCGAUAUAUAUGACAAUGUAGCCCAUUGGCCUAACCGCUAUCCAUGGCAUAUAUUUUGAAAACUACAAGUCUGGCCUUAAAAGUUAUUCGCCACUGCAAGCCAUAGCAUAUUAACCAGCGGUUAAGUUUUCACUCGACAGUGAUGAGUGGAAAUUUGUGAGCCCUGCUCUACCAUAGCAAACUUUGAUAGAAUGCUGAAAUGCCUCAACAGUGGUUUGUCUUAUAAACAAACUGGGGAUUUCUUACCAGAAGGAUGGAUUUAUGUUGUACUUGCAAGUGUCUAAUUUCCAGUUUACAUUGAACUUCAGAAUAAAAUGUCAAUACUCUUUUUCUGUUUAUCUGAAUUGCUUUUUUCUGUGUUUGCGUCUGCCCUGCAGGUGUGUGUUUGUCCGGUUAGCCAGCAUCGCUGUACUCCUGAUCACCCUUUGGUCUCAGAUCACCUGCCAAGACGAGACCUGCAGCCCGUGUGGAUAUAACAACAAUCUGUACCCUGUAAGCCGGUUUGACUUUGGUAUACAUGAUUUCCUUAAAGAAAACGUUUUCCUGACAUUCAAACCACAUCGUUUGCAUGUUGUUUUCAUAAUAUCACUGUUGCAAAUAGAGGCAAAUGCUGUUGGUAACUGUGUAACCAAAGGCAGGAGAGACAUUUGCAUAAACUGCUUGAAAACAUGAAAUGGCAAAACGAGCUUAUUGGUCUAGUCCUUAAAUACUGUGAGUUGUAACAGUCUGACUCCAGACAAUCUAUUGUUUUGCAGUUUUUUGUUUAUAGGGUCAUAUUAUUAAAUUGCACAGACGAUAAGGUAGAGCCUUUAAAAUGGAGGUUGUGCUGCAUUAAAAUCUACAUUAAGACAGAUACUGUUUCAUCAAUUGUGUCCAAAUGUUAUUGGGAAUAAAACCCAUGUGUCUUGCUGCAAAAGUAAUGAAAGUCUGUCUUCGACUACAUACUGUGCUUUCCUUCAGCUUGGAGCAUUGAAUAGAACACAUUAUCCAUCUAUCCACUAUUAAUGCAAUCCAAAUCCAAAAAGUUGGUAACCUUUCACCAACACAGGGUCUAUGGCAAUCCUUUUGAUUGAUAGAUUAACUUAGCCUAACUAUACAGACCACAACGUGUGACUUUUCAUAUUUGAAGGUUUUUAUUAAACUGAUCUGUAGGAAUACUAAAUAUAAGCAUUUUUCUAUACGGUGUGGGGCAGACCAAAUACAGCCAAGGGGAUAAAAUCAGCUUGCAUCUUCAAAAAUGCUUACUUCUUUCUAGAAUUUAUUUGGGCCCUGUAAACCGAGUUAAAAUAAUAUUUCUCAGCUUUAGCAGAUCAACUACAUUUAAAAAGGGGAACACAAUAAUGUAGGACAUGCUUUGAAUGUACUUAAUUGCAUUCUAUAUAUUUACACACUGGUAGAUUAUCUUUAUCGAUAGAUUUUUAUUUAUUUUUUCUUCAUAGAUUUUAUUGAUAUGAGAAGCCUUGACUCCAAUAUUUCAGUAUUAGAUGGAAGCAAUGUAUAGUGUAACACUAUUUACUUAUUUAUUCCAUGUGAAAACAAUUUAAACCACUCACAUUUUAAAAAGCACUAAACCUCUGGUUUUACUGUUGCGUGCACUGUUUGCACUUUUAUAUAGUGCUUUCCAUUAUGUGAUUGGUUGUAAUUGGUUUUAUGAUGAAUAAAUAAGUAAAUCAUGUUGUACUAUAUAUUUUUUUUGUUCCAUCUAAAAUAACAAGUUUGGAGCGAAGGCUUUGCUGAAGAACCAAUAAGGAAAAUCAGUGUCAGCUGAUUUACGUAUUAAACCAUAUAUAUGGUUUAUACCGUAUUAAAGGCAUCUUGUCCAUGUAUAAAUCCGUUUUCCUUGUCCAUGUAUAAAUAUCCGUAAAGUAUGUUCAAUUUUAAUUUGAGAAUUAUGUUUCUGUCUUCAGAGAAAAAGUAUGCAGUAAUAGUAGAAUGGCCUGUCCUAAUUAACUGCAAAAUGUCAUUUUGUUUUUACAGUGCUGGGAAACUCGAGUUGGGCAGGAAAUGUAUAAACUGAUGAUUUUCGACUUUUUAAUAAUUUCAGCAGUGACUCUUUUUGUGGAAUUUCCAAGGAAGUAAGUAUAUUGUUUUAUUUGAUGGGAUGCAUUCGUGGACUCUAGAGCAGUUCAUAAUGAUAUCUGAUUGUCAAGAAUACCAUUCUUUAUUAAUCAAGCAUUCUUUAACACAUGUUUGGCAAAAUGCCCUGCCCUUGGCACGUUCUGGUCACUUAAUGCCACAAUAAAACUCCUUUUAAUAUCAAUAGGAUAAUUAUCUGCACAUGACAGAAAUUAAGGAUAUGCAUCAGAUUAAAAGAAUACUCUGAGCACGAUAACCACUUUAGUUCAAUGGGUACAUUAAAUUAGAAAUGGGAAAAUACAGUGUAAUAAACACAUUACAAAAGUUCCUUCACUCAUUUAAAAGUCUCAGUCACUAACAGGUUAAAUAUGCACUAGCCCUUAGGUCUACCUGACCACUAUUAUGGAUGUUUUGACAUUGGGUAGUUGGAGGUCCCCCAGUUCAGUUUCACUAACCUUUAUUUUUUGUUUGUUUUUUUUUAAAUUACUUAAGUAUUGAUAAAUCAAGGUGUUCCAGACUGAAAUACAAACAUAUGUCCUUAAAGGGUUACUCCAAUCACAAUAACUUCAGUGAUUUAAAGUGGUCAUUAUAGUAGAAGUAAGCCUGAAACACUGCACAUACUAAGACAUUUGUAAUUACGUGCUGUGGGCUAGUUGCACCUCGAGCCCAAGUGACAUGUCAAGUCUGCAUAUUUUACAGCUGCUUGCUUCCCCCUCUCUCCCUCCCAGUGUGUGCCCCCUUCCAGUUCUCUCUGUUCCCUUCAGUAUUUUUUUUACCCUCCCCUUGCUGGCCCAGAGCUAGUGCAUGUACUCUGAGCAGGCUAAAUGGACCGAUCCCAGGCUUCUUUAUAAGAAGCCUGUGAUAGUGAUGUCAGAGGGGCGCAGAAUAUCAGCACCCUCAGCUUUGACAGGUUCUGGAUUCCAGAAGUAAGUUAAAGACUAUUUUGUGCAGGUUGUACUGCAAAUAAAGGGGGGAUUCUCCAAUAGGGCAUUUUACACCAAAGGGGUUGGAUAAUUGAUAAUUUCUCAAUGUUGGGAGUUCUUGAAAACUAGAAUAAUGGUUUUUGUCCCCCUUUUGUCCUUAGCUCACUUGCACCGUUCAUGUUCUGCUUCCAAACAGCCAGUUAGUACUAUUUAAUGGCACAGCUUUUGAUUCUAUAGAAUUGUUACAGCUCACCUUUUGUUACAAGUUUCUUAGUUUAAUUUCUUCCAUUUUAUUUUUUUGUCAGAAAGGUUCUCCAGGUCAUUCUUACUGUUUAGUCACUACUGCACCUCAUCCAUCCAGCUCCUUGUGUUGGGGCUAAUGGUGUCUAUUUCUUUCUGCAUGGUGAUGACACAUGAACCUUUUUUAUUAUCCUUUAGCUGACACAUUUUGUAUCUCUUUCCUAAAUUUUUUUUUUUUCUUCUUCCACUCUGGGCUAUAUGUUGAACUUUUAUUCACAACUGCACUGAAGAAUUAUCCUCUUGUUGAUAUGUCUGCCAGUAUUUUGCACACAAAAAUGACUGUCAUAACUGAGUCCAGUGAUUCUUUCUCUGUCAUUUCUCUUUCCUUCUUUCUAAGCAUCUUGGAUGGAAAUGGUGGUGAGUGCUUUGUUACUAUGUUUAGUAUUCUGUAAACUAUGAAUGUAGUUUUUCCUUCCUUCCUUUACAUGUUCUUCUCGGUUUUAAUUCAGGAUGUUCAAAGGACAUAACCCAUGAUUUAUACAAAAUGUGUCCCAAAAAAGAGGAACGGGGAUCGUUGGAUAACCCUUUAAAAUAGAGCAUAUUAGCGUAAAGUGAAAAAAAACUUUAAAUAUCAACUUGCAUAAGUCAAAGAAUAAAUAAAUAACAAUAAUAAUCUAAUAGGCGAUACCAACUCACAACCUAUGCUAUGUAUGGGGAAAAAAUUCCUUUAAGUGCUAGGGUACAUGUGAGAAGGUAUGCCUGCUAAAUGUCUAAAAGGAAAGGUACAGUACACACUACUUGUAGGAGAUUAGACCUAAAUAUAAAUGGCUUAGAAAAACUAAUACCAGUAACAGAGAUUUUGUUUGUUUGUUAUAGACACUCAUUUUGGGUCGAGAUACAGUUCUUUGUGUGAUCCUUGCGUUGUGCAGGAUCUUAUAAAUAUCUACUUCCCUACUUAUACUAUUGCACUCUGUACGAUAUCCCUAAUCCACUUGACAGUGCACUACUAUUGUCACUUUGUUGCUACUUAUUAUGGAGGGAAGAUUACCUUGAUACAUUUUAUUGCAACAGUAUCUCUGUUACUGCUCUAUUUUAAAGGGUUAUCCCACGAUCCCUGUUCCUCUUUUUUGGGACACAUUUUGUAUUCUGAAUCAGGGUUAAGCCCUAAUUAGGAUUUUUUUCUACUAACCCAUGAUUUAUGUCUCCAGAUUGAUUGUCACAUACUGCUCAUGGAAACCGGCUAAAUGGUGGGGCCAGCAAGAGUUUGAGAUUCCUCACAACGUGUUAGAGAUUGUCUAUGGGCAGACAAUUUGCUGGAUUGGAACCUUUUACGCUCCUCUUCUGCCAGCCAUUGCAACAGUCAAAUAUUUCAUUAUCUUUUACAUCAAGAAGGUUUGUUUGGCAGCCGUCCCAGUCACAUGUCUUUCGCUUUGGUUGUGAAAUGUCAUUAACACUGAAAGGGAAAAGUAAGGUGUUAUUAGUUUUGCACAGAUAUCCUUUCACAUGUAACAUACACUUACAGGGCUUUUCUGUAACCUGUUAAUUGUCAAGGAAUUCAAAGAGAAAUAGCAAAACCGGAAAAUCCUCUGCUGGCUAUGCUUCCAGUUUGGCGAGUUUUUGCCGUAACAUUUACAUUCACUUUGAAUUUAUGACAUUUCUCACUUCAGCGAAUCUUGGUAGUAAUUAAAGCUAAUUUUAAUUGCACUUUGGCCCUUAUAAAGUGGCAUAGGUAUUUCGAAACACACCUACAGUAACAUUUUUGCUUUCAUGGAUGGUCACAAAUGUACUAUAAAAAUGUUAGCAGUAGAGUUUUGCUUCGAAAAACUCACAAUUAUAAUUGCAGCCAAAGAUUAUAAAAAUAUUUAGCACUUUUAAAGUGUUAUGUAAAUGAAAUGGUAAAACCUUGAGAAUCAUGAGAAGCCCUAUGUGUGGCUGUUGUCAUUUAGUCCCUCUCCGCUUACUGAUUGCUGGGAAGGCAUGUUUCAAUGCCCAAGUGUUUGCAUUAUUGAAUUACAUGUUUCAUUAUUUGUGUGCAGUCAUCAGCAAGUGGCUACUUAAGUAUAGUGUUUUAUUGCUUUUUUUUCCAGAUAAGUCUUAUGGAGAAUUGUAGACCUUCAUCCAGGCCUUUCCGUGCAUCCAGCUCCAAAUUCUUCUUCCAAGUGAUACUGCUGAUAGGGCUAGUCUUGGCAUGCAUUCCCGUGGGACUUGGAAUUGCUUAGUAAGUUAAUCCUUUCAACAUUAUGAAAUAUUGCCAUAAACUUCUAGGUCGAGGGAUAAUUUAGGCGUUCUAUUUGAUCUUUCCAAGCUGGGUAUCUAACAAUAAAAUGAACUUGGGAGUGUCAAACUGGCAAAUUCCCUCAUUCCUAAAUUUCAGAGGGAGCGUGGGGAGGGGAUCAUGGAAGUGGAUCUUCAGAUGAGUUCAGGGGAAAUCCUUGCUUUUGGUGUAACUUGAUUGGGAACUGCAGGCUUACUCUGUAAAGGGAAAAUGCCCAAGGCAAAGUAGGUCCUACUUUCUUAUGUUUUAAAGAAAAAUAAAUCAGAAAUUAAGAAAAAAAAGAACAGAUUCUGAAAUCGGAAGAGGAAUCAAUAGGAGGAAGGCAAGUUUGAGGUGACAGAGACACUUUAACACUGACAUUUUUAAUAUCCACCCUACAGUCCAGGAGAGUUGGAGAAUGACAAAGGUGGUCAAUGACAACAUUUAUCAACCUUUGAGUGUAUUCAGAACUACUCUAGGUUUAAUUUGGAUCAAGGAUUUUUUAUUUUUUUUAUUUUAUUCAGUGAGCAGAAUAUAAAUGACAAACACAACAGGAAAAAUGGUGGAUUGGCGCUUAACACCACAGAAUAAGCAACAACCCACAGUGCCCAAAAUCACUAAAAUGGCACUCAGAUAUAGAGUGAAAGAAAAGAAUACAGGCGGGUGCAAGGAAAAUAUACAAUACUUUGCUGUAUACUUAGUAUAAUGAGUGGAACACCUCCUGAUCUUCCUACAAUAAAAACAUAUACAUAGUAUAAUACUGUUACACAGGGCCGCCAUCAGAAAUUGUGGGGCCCCUAACACAGCUCAAGGUCUGGGCCCCCGUGUGCCCGACUCCAAGCCCCACCCCCAAAUCCCGCCCACAGGAAUACACACACACAGACACAAAAGGACACAGACACACAGAAAGAUACACACAUACUAACAGACACAAAUACUGAACAGACAUACAUAUAGAUACAUACACAGAUACACACACACACACACUGUUGUACAUACAUACUCACAUACUGACACACACACAUACAUACUGACAAACAGACAUACAUACAGACAUACAUACACAUAAAUAUAUACUGACAUAUAUACAUAAUGGCAUACAUACACAUACAUACUGAUAUACAUACAUGCAUACACACACAGACACACACACAGAUAUAUACAUACACAGAUACACACAGACAUACUGACAUACACACACAGACAUACAUACAUACUUGCAGACAUGCAUACUGACAUACAUACUUGCAGACAUACACACUGACAUACACACAGACAUACAUACAUACUGACAUACAUACACACACACACAGACAGACAUACACACAGACAUACACACACAGACACAGACACAGAUAUACUGACAUACACACACACAGACAUAAAUACUGACAUACACACAGACAUACAUACAUACAGACAUACUGACAUACACACUGACAUACACACACACUGACAUACACACACACAGACAUACACACAUACUGACAUACACACACAGACAUACAUACAUACAUACAUACUGACACAGACAUACACACACACACACAGACAUACACACAGACAUACUUACUGACAUACACACACAUACUGACAUACACACAGACAUACAUACUGAUAUCCAGACAGACAUACACACACACACACAGACAUACAUACUGACAUACACAUACAUACUGACAUACAUACUGACAUACACAUACAUACUGACAUACACACAGACAUACAUACUGACAUACACACACACAGACAUACAUACUGACAUACACACACAGACAUACAUACUGACAUACACACAGACAUACACACACACACAGACAUACAUACUGACAUACACACAGACAUACACACACACACACACACACACACACACACACAGACAUAAAUACUGACAUACACACAGACAUACAUACAUACAGACAUACACACACACACACACAUACUGACAUACACACACACAUACUUGCAGACACACACACACCUCAUUUAUCAGCCACCCUCCUCUUACCUUUAAGUUGCAGGAGGGUGGCUGGGGAUGAUGGGAGUGGAUGCCUCUGGUGUCCCUCUCCUCCGCUCUCCCCCCGCGCGGAGUAAGCUGGGAGGAAGUGACCAGCCGUCACUUCCUCCCAGCAGCCCUUGCGGUGUUUAGCCGCAAUUUUUAUUUUUUUUUAAAAGGGGCCCGGUCGCGCAAUCACCCGGCCCUGCUGUUACACAAGGAAAAGAAUGAUCAGUUUAAAGGUCUUGGGUCUCUCACAAUAUGCAGAGCCACAUGAAGCUGGCUCUGACUUCAAUGGCAGAUGAAUAAUAAGCUUAUUCCAGCUUUUGAAUUCCUAGACAGGAUAGCUCCUUUAUCCAAUAUGUUAAAAAAUAUAAACUUUACUGGAUAUAAAAUAACAUAACAUAGGAAACAGAAAUAAGCUUAACAUACUAUAUAGUGAAAAAGUGCUGUGGACCACAGUGCUGUGGACUUUUUCACUUUAUAGUAUGUUAAGCUUAUUUCUGUUUCCUAUGUUAUGUUAUUUUAUAUCCAGUAAAGUUUAGAUUUUUUUAACAUAUUGGAUACUCUGCAAAUUAUUGAAGGGCUGAAAAGGAGCUAUCCUGUCUAAGAAUUUGAAGGCUGGAAUAAGCUUAUUAUUAUAUACAGCAAAGUAAUGUAUAUUUUCCUUGCACCCCCUGUAUUCUUUUCUUUCAGAGUAUAAAUGAAACCAACACUUUGACAUUGAAAGGGUUUGUGGCAAUUUCAUACUUGUUCUCCACUGGAAAAUGUCUUCCAUGUGUUACUGGGAGGAUUGGGAGCCAGCUGUGACAGUUAAAGUAAAGCAGAAUAGAAUGUUUCAAAUUUGUACAACAGGUGAUGAUUUGAGAGAUGAGUUGCCAUAUUUCAAAGACUGCAUAGGCAAACUAUAAUCCAUAGAAUGUGACGGCAGAUAAGAACCAUUCGGCCCGUCUAGUCUGCCCAAUUUUCUAAAUACUUUCAUUAAUCCAAGUCAAAAUAUAAAAAAAAAAAAAAAAACAGUAUUUGAACACUCAGGCUAAAACGACAAAAGGACACAACAUUAGAGCAGGUGAGCGUUUAUAUAGAGAAUUAAAUGGGCCUAUAGAAAACAUUGUCCUCAAAAAUCUAUGGGAAAAAGGUUACUAGUAAUGACAAUUCACAAUAACAGUGACGAUGUUGCUAUAAUUCACUUCCCAUUCUAAUAUCCUAAACAAACUUACAAAUGUUUUAUGUGACUGCAUACAUAAUUUGUUUAUGCGCACCGGUGUAUAAUGCGUGUAUGAAGGAUUUUAAAUGAAGUGAACUUGUAUAAUGUGUGUAUGAAAACAGUGGGAUAGGUAAAUUAAUUUAUCUGCACUGGUGGAUGAAUAGGUUGUUGGGUACAGAAGCAAUGUGCUUGGUGAGUUCAGGUUACAGCCAUGUAACAAGCUAGUUGCAGAGUGUAAAUCUGCCUUCAAAGGUGAGGCACCUGGGUUCACUGCACCCCGUGCCCCUCCCUUAGCGCACCCGUGAACUCUGGGAACCCUGUCAUGUAAUGUAACAAGCUUUUGCAAAGGCUGUCUAUGCCAUUAGAAUGAAAGGUUUGUAUAAUACAUUUUCUAAUCUUAUAACAUCAAAGCCAUUUUAAAAAUUAUAUUUAACACUACAAUAGGCUCUGUUUAAUAAUAUGAACUUAUUUUAGGAUCCAGUUUCGCUUUAGAUUUAUGUAAUAAAUACUUAUAUAUGCUGCAUGAGUGAUGAUAGGACAGUAAUGAUUUGAAGUAGGGAAACGAUUGUACGACACUUCUGUUAUAUAUGGGUGCAUACAAAUUUAACUUGAAAAAAUAAAUCUUUGUUUUAGUUGGAUUUUUUUUAAAUAACAAUCUGUAUUAUUUGUGAAUUACAUAUGUGUAUGUUUAUCUUUGCAUCUGCAGUGUACCAUCAUCUAAAGCAUGUGGACCAUUUAUGAACUUUAUUACCUCUUGGGAGAUUAUACCAGUUACUAUAAAAACCUUCCCAGUUGGCCUGCAGAAUUUAAUCAAUGUUCUAGCUUCGGAAUCAUUUGCUGUUCCCUUUUUCCUGCUGUCAUGGUAAGUUUGGAAACAAAACUAAUUAUUUCUGAGUUAUGGAUGCUGGGAUUACCUGUGUAGUUUCCAGUCCACUAUUUUGUGGAUUUUUUACCUGUUCAGAUUGAUAACUAAAGGGACUAUAACUACAUUGCAUCAUCGCAGUGGUAAUGAGUUUCCUGCUUCCUGUGACUUAUAACUGCAAUUAUUUGCAAAACUUGCUGCAGUUGAAACACUGCCCUCCAGAUCAGUCAUGUCACAGAUGUAAUUUUACUUUCUCUCUUGCUGUGGAUCCUCUGUCCAACUUGUGUGUGCAUGAUCUGCCUUUCAGUUUCUGAUUCUGGAGAGUAUCCUAUGCUGCACCCAGGUGUGGUUAGCGGCAUUAAAAAGUUCACUCCAUACAAAACUGAUCCUGUCAUUAUUUUCUACCUAUAUCUAUUACAAAAUGUAUUGAUGACAGUGUCAUCAUCGGGUAUGUGGACAGAUUUAUUCUAUAUACUCUGCCCAUGAAAUGGCCAUUAAAAAUGGAAGGUGAAUACAAAAGAGGGUUCAGCUUUGGUAAUGUGCCAGAAAACCCCAAUUCACCUAUAAUUUCUAUCUGAAAUGAGGUCACUUUACGAUGACUUUAAAUGGUUUUCUCUCUGGGUACUUCUAAAUUUAGAUGUGAGGUUAUUUAUUUGACAAUAACUGUACUGUUCUCUUUUGCAGUCUUGUCUUGUUCUAUGUCAUUGCUCUGGCUGGAGCACAUAAGAAGGUUGUGCAUCAGUUGCAGGAACAGUUAACUAUGGUAAGACUUAAAAUGUUUCUUUAAUAAAAGGUUUUAAACAUGCAAUUCUGCCAGCCAUUUAUUGAUAGCGGUAGUACAUGUCUGUUCAUCUCUAUGUCUAUAGGCGUAAGCAUAGACUAGACAUUUGUGUAACACUGUAUUGUACAAUACACUUCUAAUACCUCUAUGUACUCCGCAUACCCAGUAUGCAUUUGAAAGUGAGACAGGCAUAACAUCUUCAUGUCAGACUAAUCAAUUGGAAACACAGUCCUUGCUGACAUGGAUACAAACCAGAUUCCCUUUACUUGGUUCAGGUUUUAGGCACAGGGGUGAAUGGUUUAAAUUCCAUUCCAAAUGAAUGGUUUAAAGGGGGAGGGGCCUAUUUUGAAGCUUAUUUUUAGGGGCAUCUCUCCAUUUGCUUUUUUUUUUCAAAGAAUCACCUUGAAAUUUUAUCCAGAAGAUUAUGGGGCCGGAGUAAAAAGGGAAGUAUAGGGUUUAUCUUUUGUUUUGGCAUGUCAAUAUCUGCAUCACUUUUGCAUAUUUCAUACAUUUGUGCAUGUGUAUGAGUACAAAACAGAACUGUAUGGAAGAGACUUACCUUGGUCCACAAGGGUUGUCUUGUUCUAUGUCAUUGCUCUGGCCGCAACCUCUUCUGAAGCUGAAAAAGCUCCUGCACUGAGCUCUCAGCCAAUGAGACAGCGGUAUAUGGCAGGACAGUGGAGCUUAUAGAGGCAACUUGCUGGAGCCUCCAGAGGAGCAGCGACACAUACCUGGCAUACCCCAGGUAAGUUGUGAAAUUAUUCUCAAAUGGUUUGACUACUUACUGUGGGAGGGCACCAGAACACUUCUGGCACAGUAACCACUUUAGCGAGGUAGUAGUUAUGGUUCUUUGAGUUCCUUUAACUUUAAACAUUUUAAAAACUAAGAGGGUACUUCUUGCUCUGACAUCAACUGUGUUUUCUAGUAUGUAAAUGCACCUUUUAAGAGCACUUUUGUCUUUGUUUUACAGGAAAGCCGGGAUAAGCUUUUUCUGAUCAGACGACUGGCUGAAGCUCAGGGUAUUAAGGCCUAAUGCUCCCCAAUGGCAUCCACAGAUUUUUUUAAUUUUAUUUUUUUAAGGGCACUUGCACUUACUGAAAGUGGAGGGAUUCAUAUGCAUUGAAUCAAAUGCAGCAGUGAAGAGGAAAUAUUAACGUUACAAUUUUCUCCUACCUCCUCUUAUUUUUCAUAGGAAAACCCAAACACUAACAGUGUCACUGAAAAAUUCAGCACAUAUUGGGGCUGUCUUCUUUAGAAACACACUUUUUUUUUAUUUAGUUUUCUUGUUCUUAAGCGACUAUAACAGACCUGUGCUGGAAAAUAUGUUGACAUGGGUCAGAGACUAAUUUGAAGAUUUUACUUUUUAGUUAGCAUUAAAGUUUCGGUGUUGUGAAUGCAUGAAAUUAAGUGUUAAGGACUCCUCUAGCUAUCUUAAAAUGUAAAUGACUGAUUUUAAAGUAAUAAUAGGUUAUGAGAAUUUAAAUGGAGUCAACUGUAUGUGGGUUUUUUUUUUUGUUUUUUUUGUAUGUUUACCUUUAACUGUAGAAUAUUGUGUUUUAGGUCAAGUGUUGUUGCAAAUAAAAGCUCUCCAUUUUUAUUUAGUGGUUUUGAAUUAGAUUUGGGUUCUUUAUGUAGGCAAUACUGUUUUACUCAAAUUAUACCUCUCCUGGAACUUGAAUAAUGAUAAUGGAUAUACGUUCAUGAUAAAAUAACUUACUUGGUUUAAAAUGCACAAAUAACUUUGUCCAGUUUCUGCAAUAAUAAAAACCUAAGACAUAGCUCUAUCUCACCAGUCUCAAAAUUCCACAAAGGAGUGAGACAGUCUGUACGGACAUUUGGUUAUAUGUCUAUAACCUAGAAUGUACUGUUUUAGAUUCAAUGUAUUUUAAAAUAUGUGUAAAUGUACCAAACAUUAAUCAAAAGGAAUGGAAGGUGGAAAGAAAAAUUUAUGAAAUCGUCCAUAACAAUAUUAAAAUAUAAAAAAUACUGAAACUAAGCUGUAAUCAAAGCUUGGCAAUUUUAGUUUGAGUUUUGCAAUUUGGUUUUUCACUUUACCACAGUUUACUAUUUAAUUAAUAAAUCCAAUUAAUAUAAUAUUUUCAACUACAAUAUGAGUUUAACAUAUCUCUACACUCUGCUAUAUCAUUAAAUUAUAGAGCGAGAUGUUUUCAUCAGUAUUUGCGCCAUUAAACUGACCAGAAAGCCUCUUUGUGGAACGGUUUGUUAAUUUAACUGAGAAUUGUUGAAAAUUUCAAGGAAAGCAAAAAUGUUAGGCCAAUGCUGUUUUUGAAAACUUCUCAGCUAGUUUUUCAGUUUGGGAAUAUUGGCCAAACAUUUGCAAUCCCCUUGGCAGUUACUCACAAACAGAAAAGUCUGGAAUUUGGAAACAUUUUGUUAAGUUCCUAACUCAGUCAUGUGGACAAAAUGUAUACAAUUACUGUAUUUUGACUGUUUUAACAAAUAAACAUCAUCCAAUGUAACCCAACGGUUUCCUUUAUCAGAUUACAUUUGUUACAUUUAGACUGUAUGUUUGUUCAAAAUGAUGGCGCAAGACAAGUAUUACAAAGUGGUACAAUUUUCCAAACACUACAACAAAGUUUUAUUUGGGUGGAGAUGCAAUCCUAUUAUUUCAUACAAUCUUCUGGAAAGCAAAUUUGUCAGAAACAGACCGCUACUUUUUAAUACAGAUUCUAACUGCCAAAUAAUACUAUCGUGUAAUUUAAGAAUAAAAAUUUAUAUUGUAAUAUUUGUGUGAUAUGGUAUUUUACUUUGACAUUUGGGCAAUGUACAUUGUAGAAAUAUGUCUAUAUACUUAGAUCACUACACGGAGACAUGAAAUACAACAUUUCUUACAUAAGUAUUCUUUCUCUUGGACUUUUUCACAUUUUGUAAUUUUGCACCCUGGAAUUAUAAUUUAUUUAAUUAUACAAAAACAGACAUUUGUUGGUUACAUACAUCAGUACAUGAUAGAAUCUUUAGCUGUAAUUGUAACUAUAUUUAUUUUGAGAUAAGUUUCGACCAGUUUUUUUUCUUGCAAAAGCUUUGUCAUGUCUGAUGGGGACCUUUUGGUGAGUAUGAUUUUUCACAGAUUCUUAGAUUGAUUGAGAUCUGGGCUUUGGCUGGACUAUCCUAAGACAUGCACGUUCUUGUUUUAAAACACAUUAUUGUAUAUGUGUGUGUUUAGGGUCAUUAUUCUGCCGGAAAGGUAAGGAUAACAACGUGCAACCCAGUUGCAGGUCUCUUGCAGGCUAAAAAAUGUUUUAUUCUAGAAUUAUCCUGUAUUUGGCUCCAUUGGUUUAGCCCUCAUUCUCCAUCGGUUUUAUCAUCUUAACCGGCUUUAUCACUUAUAAUUUGUUGGCUGAUCUAUAGUGUUGGCUUUGUGUCACAUGUGGCAUUUUCAGCUAAAGCUAAAAAGUAAUUUUUUUUUUUUAAAUAAGGGAACACUAAAGGGUCAGGAACACAAACAAAAAACACUAUAUAUCCCCUCUUGCUGUAGUUGUUCUGGCGACUGUAGUGUUCCUUUAAUCAGAACAUGAGAACCUUCUUCCAUGUUUGCUAUGUCUCUCAUGUACCUUGCAAAAUCUGAUAUGUUUUUAUUUUGCUUAUUACACAUCCAUGAAGCUCAGCGUUAUGGAGUGUCCAGGUAAUGCUGGUCUACUGGACAUGUUUUCCUAUUUUGGUUGCACAUCUCUUUCAAAGUUACCAUUGUCAACUUGCGUGCUUCUCUGCCUGCUUUUGGUAGAUGGCCAUUUCUAGGCAGGAGCAUGUUUGUGCCAUAUUCCUUCAAUAUUUUAUAAUCUGUAUUCAGAGGAUGUCAUAUAUCCGAGAUAUUUUGUCAUUGACGCUUCUCCAGAACAUAAUAAAAGAUCACUAAAGCUAUUUCAGGGGGUUCAUAAGAACUGGAGUGAAUGCAAUAAAAGGCAUUUUAUUUUCUAUUUAAGUUAGAUAUUGUAAAACAUUUUGCACCUUCAAAGUGUAUUGUGCGUUGUGUAAAUGAAAUGAUAAAAAUCUAAUUAAAGCAAUUUUAGCUUGAAACUGCUAAACUUCAAAAUGUGGAAUCAUCCAAGAAGGGUGAAUACUUAAAUGCAGCAUUGUUAAAGUAUGUGAAAAAUUACAAAACCACUUUGGUUAUAUCCCAGAAGCAAAAGCUAUUUGCAAGUGUUCUUUGAUUUAAGUAUUACCCAUUGGUCCCAAGAACACGUUUAAUGCAAUGCACCUCAAAGGGUUUUCCGGCUUCUUUUAGUAAACUAGAGGUCCACUUACUGCUAAAGCUUUUUAAGAACCCACAUAUGAAGCUGAAAAAGUAUGGUAGUGCCUCUGAUCAACUGAGAGUUCACUAGAGACAGAAAAUAGUAUUUAAAGGGACAGAGUAUAAAAAUACCAAGCGUAUGUAAAUAUGCUUUGUGUGAGAGAACUAGAAGGUGAUUUUUAAAAAGUCUCUUUAUACAAAGGAUUAAUAUAUUAAGAUUAGACUUUGAGAUACAUACAUUGUAUUAGAACUGGAUAAUAAGGGCUAGCUCAGAUUCAGAAAUUGUUUCUUCUCUUGGUCUAGAUUGAACUUCAUUCUUUGUAUUUUUGGAUAUAUUCAC